AUGGGAAAGGGUUUUUUUGUCAGCAAGGUGGUUGCUGUUGUUGGCAUCCUGUUUUCUAUAGCUGCUAUUGCUACAAUUAUAGCUCUGGCUGUUGUAUAUGCACAAGAAAAAGACAAAAAUAGUAAUCUGUCCAAGCCUAGUGAACCCACAAGUGCUACACCGAGCAGACCAGAGAAUGCAACAUCAAGUGGAUCAACACAUACAGCCGGGACGGGUUCCAUCAUCUCCACCACUCCAUCUAGUGAACCAUGGCACAAAUACCGGCUUCCAAAAACCCUUCAACCAUAUCAUUAUAAUGUUCGACUGCGUCCAGUUCUAAAGGAGAAUGCUGAAGGACUCUAUGUGUUUCAUGGAAAAAGUGAAGCUUUCUUUACUUGUAAUGAAGCAACCAACCUUGUCAUUAUCCACAGUAAGAAGCUAAAUUUCACCGAAAAUCCCAAAGCCACUCUCAGGGAUAGUGCUGGGAACAGUCUCAAAGUGUCUAAGGUAGAAGAAGUGCCAGUAACACAGUAUCUGGUGCUACAUGCUGAACACCCCAUGGAAGUUGGUAAAAAGUAUUCCAUAUCCACCGGUUUUGUUGGAGAGCUAGCAGAUGACCUUGCUGGGUUUUACCGGAGUGAGUACGAGGAAGAUGGAGUACCCAAGUAAAGUGUUGGAAUUAAUAAAACACAAUAGUACAGUGUAGGGGUAGCCAGCAGCAUAGUUCCUGUGAUCUGCUCCCCAGGCAGUCUUAGUCAACCCAAAAACUGUCUGCAAAUUGUGAAAGCUGUACAUCUGGUGUUGCCACGUUUAUCACAAAAGCAGGUUAUAACACGACUAUGAAUAAAUGUAUAAAUACUUUUUUCUUGAGAAUCUAUUAUUUUAUUCAUUUCCUCCGUAAAGCCCUUAUGUCGAUAUGGAAUGUUGUUCGGUAGUUGUUUGAUACCCACUAAAUGAAUAGGGCAUUCCAUUUUGACACUAGAUCUUUUCCUCUUCAAUAAAUAGAUUGUUACGUCAGCCUUCUACCCUCAUUAGUCUUUAUUUUUAAUAACCGUAUUAGUAAAUUUAUCAUUAUCAAUCCUAAAUUAUCUUGUUGUCUAAAAAUGUGUGGUACCACAAUUGAGAGUGCAAUUAAAACACUUUGUCUCAGGAGUCUCCUUGUUAACAUAGGCUGAAAAAAGACUUGUGACCGUCAAGUCAGCCUUUAUCACACCUGUCCUUGCUGUUUAUCCAAAAGAAGGCACACAUAAAGUGUUUAUGCAAGUUUUCAUACAGUUUCUGUUUUAACAUCUGUACAGACUCUAAUAUAAUUAAUUGUUCUUACUGUAAAAAAUAUUUUCCUGCCUUAAAAUAAAUCUUUUUAUUUUUAGUAUAACUGGAUGACCUUGUAUCUUAUGUAUAGUCCUAUUUAUUUCCAGGCAACAUAUUUAUGUAUAUGUGUGCAUGUAUAUAUAAUGCUAUAAUCCCAUUGUACAGCACUGCGGAACUUGUUGGUGCUUUAUAAAUAAUAACAAUAAUAUCCCUUCUAAGGCUCCAUUUUUCUAAACAAAAUAUAUUUCAAUUUAACAUUUCUUCAAAACUGCUGCUAUUCAAUAUGUUAAACCAUGCAAACCUUCUUCAUAAAUUCAGAAAGUUAAGUAUUAAAAUUAAUGCUUAAGAAGAGGAAGAAUUAUUUAUCCUCUAGUGUCUGAAGUAUUAUUUUUUUAAAUUGAAUUUAUGUAAAUCUCAACAUGUGUCAAAUGGUAUUUUAUCGGAUUCUGUAAAAAAAAAUUUUUCUAAAGAAAGGUCUGUAGCGGUAUACCCUCUUGAGGAUGGGUUACUACCACCUGUGGUCGCCCCUUCCUAGUUGUGCCCAGCCCUAGAGUGAUUAUAGCUACUAGCUAGUGAUUAUAGUCACUUGCAGGAGGGCAAUCAUGGUAUCACCCAAACACUAGUCGAGACUUAGUGAAGGGUGAAAUAGAACUGUUUAUUUCAGGCAAGAUACACGGUAUUUAUGCACAGACCCCCAGCAGGGGGUCUCCAUUCAAAGUAACAUGAAAACAUAAGCCCGCCCAGGCGUCGCUGUGUUUGGGAGAUAAUGGUAUCUCCCGGACACAGGAAGCCGAACACACCAAAUCCACAAAAAUACACACAAGACAGUAACUCAUCCCCACAUGCCAUACAUCCCAAAAUAGCUCCUGGUCCCAGCUAUGAUCCCUGCAAAUAGCAGAGCUAUCUGAUGUACAGAGCUAGAGAAAUCAUUGUACAAAGUCUGGACUUAAGACUCUGUACAUAUCCAAAAUAGCUCCACAGAAUCACUUAGUUUCGGCCGGUGGAUUCAAAUUUCCUAAACCACUCGUUGGCCAAUAGAGAAAGGGCGCGAAACCAACUUGCACCAAUCAGCGUUUGGGGAUGACAUUCAGUAACGGUAUUCUGUCACAAGGUCUGGAUGGUACUGGGUAUAAUUAAUGUAUGUGGUAAUAUCAUGUUGUUCCAAGGAGAGAUCUGAUUGCCAUUUUGGAAUUGGGAAGGAAUUUUGUUCGCACAAUUGGAAAUGGCUUCUAUCUUUUUCAAGGGAUUGUGUCUUCUUUUGGAUAACCCACAAAAACAGAUGUGUGAAGGUUAACUUGUUUGUUUAGUUUUUUUUCAAACUAGAUUACUAUGUUUGCUGUUCACUUUGACACAGAACCACUUUUCCAGCUAACAUAUGUUCUUGCUAACAGGAUCAUCGCUACCACACAGAUGCAGGCUCCUGACGCCAGGAAGGCAUUUCCCUGUUUUGAUGAACCAGCGAUGAAAGCUACUUUCAACAUCACCAUUGUACACAAAUCAGACUAUGUGGCUCUAUCAAACAUGAAUCCUAUCAGUAAGUGACUGUGUUUAAUUACUUUGAAAAUUAUUUUUUCAUAGGUCUAAUAUUCCACGUAACUACAUAUCAGUAACAAACACAACACAUAUAGCUUGACAGUAGAAAGGUAAGGGUAGAGUUGAGGCAAUUUCUUUUCUUUCUUUUUUUUAUUUAUUUCAAAUAAAAUAUUACAGUUAAUAUCCUCAUGGGAAUCGAGGGAAAAUAAUUUCUUUCCAUUUUUGAUGAAAUGGAAGAGGAAGUUCCCAGCCUAUCACAUGACAUAUCACUGGAAAGCCCACUAUAUCCUCUUUACAAUACAGCAGGGAUUGAUAGAGUAACUCAAAAGAAAAAAAGGAGAUACAUAUGAACCAAAUGUCCAGUAUAGAGGACACAAGUUAAUAGAUUGGGUCUCCGGAGGAUAAAUUAUUGUUUAUUUUUUUAACCAUUUUAUGUAAGACCUGUUUCUAGUAUCUCCCGGCUUAUCCAUGAUCUGUGAGGUGGGGGGGUAUCUUAAAGUUCUCUGCGGUUGGAAUUAACACUUAUCCAACUAAAACCUUGAGCAAUAAAGCUGAAGCCAGCUCAGAGUGUUUUUUUUGUGAUGCCUAAGGAAUGUGAUUUGGAAUGGUCAGAACUGGUUACAAAUAGGGUGGCCCAAAAGUAGUUAUACAGUUUAAUCAAUGAAAUUCAUCACACAAUAACAGUAAAGAAAAAUAAUUAUUUUAUUUGCCCUCUACUAUUCUUUUCAGCUGCCACACUGAUAUUUAAAUGUUUGAAGUGCAAAUGCCAGUUUGUUUUGUAUCCGUGUGUAUGUGUACCCAAAUAAUCUGUUGUGAUGAAUUUAAUUGAUUCAACUGUAUGUAUGCCUACUUUUCAGGUAUACUGAUGAUAUUAUCAGUAUCCCCAACUCAUCAUUGCGAUAGACUGUUUUGUAGCAACAGGCUACAAAAUUAAAGGAAUGGAAGAUUUUGGUUAUGAAGAAAGGUUAACAAAUUUUAAAUCUGUUUAGUUUAGAAAAAUGGAGGUGAGGGAUAUGGUAUAUAGAUAUAUAUUACCUAUUUUUUGUUUUAAUUUAAAUGGAAAAACAACAGUUUCCUCAUUUUCUAAAAUUUAAAUUGUUAAAUAUUUCACUGGGAAUUGUACGAUCUUGUCUAAAAGAGUUAAGAUGGAAAAAGUUUAAAGUCAGCCAUAUUAAAUGUUAGAAUAAUUUGGACUAAAAUUUUCAGUUCCCCAUUGAAUUUCUGGCAAUUGAUAUUCUCUAUGACCUUCAUCAGUGAUUUGUUCCAUGCUUCCAGUUCUGAAGUGUCUGUUUUAAAACCGAUAUUGUCUACAUAUUUUAAGGGACACUAAAGGUAUCAAAACAAAUUUAGCCUAAUGAAGCCUUUUUGGUCUAUAGAUCAUGCCCCUGUAGUCUCACUGAUCAAUCCUCUGCUAUUUAAGCGUUAAAUCACUUUGUUCAUGCAGCCCUAGUCACACCUCCCUGCAUGUGACUUACACAGCCUUCCUAAACACUUCCUGUAGAGAGAGAUCUACUGUUUGAACUUCCUUUGUUGCACAGUCUACUUAAAUUAGAAUUACCUAUCUCUUGCUCUUUUAAUAGCCUUUAGGAGUAGGAGAUUAUUAUUAUUAUUAUUAUUAUUAUUAUUAUUACUAUUAUUAUUGUCAGAGAUAAACCCUUCCAAAGCAAGUUAACAUCUUAUUGAAAAUGUAAACCUUUUUUUUCGAUCAGGCUCUAUCAGUCACAGCCAGGGGAGGUGUAGCUAGGGCUGCAUAAAUCGACACAUAUUGACUUCACUUCUAAAUAGAAAAUAAUUGAGCAAUGAGACUGCAGGGGCAUGAUUUAUAUAUGCCAAAAAUGCUUCAUUAAGCUGAAGUUGUUUUGGUGACAAUAGUAUUCCUUCAACAGAUAACAAUAUAUUGUGAUUCAGGGAGAGAAAGAUAAAAGGUUUAAAGUACUUUUUAGAUAGUCAAUUAAUUUUGUCAAAGUCCUCUUCACUUACUGUUUCUGUAUGUCAACAUAUGUCAAAUGUGUUUUUGUCUUGUUUUACGUGAUCUACAGUGUAGAAUAUGUUGGCACUAUAUUGGCAACUGAAAUUGCAUGAGCCCUAACAGCCAUACACUCUCUUGGUACAUUAUUUUCUCUGACAUUCGUGUUUCCAUUGCUUAAGGUCACACAAAUAUAACUGAAGAGGGAGAACCAUGGACGGAAACGGUUUUUGACACAACAUUGAAGAUGUCCACAUACCUUGUGGCAUUUAUAGUUUCUCAGUUUAAAUCUAUUGGUGAUCCUGGGAAUAGUACCACAACUGGGGUAAGUGAUAUUUGAUUGGAAUGGUCAGAAUUUAACUUGCUUAAUUUAAAAGCCUGAAAGUUAAGAAACACAUCUUGUGACUUAAAAAACGAUUUAAAAACAACAAACACUGAAUGCUGUUGGACGGGUAUUCGCCCCUUGACACAGUACUUGACUGAAACACCUUUUUGAAACAUCUUUUUACGUUAGCUACUACAACCUUGGCAUAUGACCAUAUAAUGCUGUUUUUCUCUAUUAUUGAAUUGAGGGCUGUGAUUGGAUCAUUCUAAUGCACUCACGUUCUUGUUUCUUUGUCUUGAACCAUUCCAGUGUAGCUUGGUAACUGUAUUUAAAGGGAUUCUAUAAUGCUAGGAAAACCUUUUUUGUCCUAGCACUAUAGCUCCCUAUAGUGAGUUUAUAAAAAAUUGGGCAGACUAGAUGGGCCGAAUGGUUCUUAUCUGCCGUCACAUUCUAUUGUAAGAUAAUUUAGUAUCAGUCUGUGAUGUUAUAGGAGGACACAAGUACAUUAACUUGUGACAUGUAGUUAUAAAGUAUAUCUAUUUAAUCUCAUUAACUCUGACAAGGGUGCGCACACUAACGUCACCUGAUAUGACUUUUAUCUUCUACCCAAGCUGUACUUCCUCAUAUCCAUAAACACCUAUUACAGGAUUUAAUCUGCACGCAUAUUACACGAAAUAUGAAUUCUGUUUAAAGUUGAUUACAGAAAGCAAGCAAAGAGUUAAACAUGACACACCAUAUCUGUUGCAAUUUUAACCUAAGUAGGAUUUGGCAGUUGCUUGUCUAGUUAUCCCCUUUAUAAUCUAAAUUAUACAUAGUAGUAAAAUGGUGCAAGGUCUACACUUAUCAGCUGUGAUAAUAAAUGAACUCUUUGAUUAAAACUUGGAGUAUAAGAAGCAGAUAACAUUUAUUGCUGAUUUCCUUAUCAUGCAGAAUACAAUAAAUGCUCAGGAUCACAGGACUGGGGUAGAACAAUCACAACUAUCGUAUAAAAAUAUAUAACCCUAUAUGGAUUCAUUUACUAACAGGAUUAUUAACUGAAAUGUGAUUUAUUUUAUUUUUUUAUUCCAUAGUGAAUCCAAAGUGAAUUACCUUUUUUUAAAUUUUUUUAUUUUAUUUAUUUAUUUUAUUUAUUUAUAGUGAACGCCAAGCUAAAUCAAAAAAAUUGUUCACAUUUUUAUUAAUUAACUACUUUGGGCUAAAACCUGACAUUAACUUUUAAUUUCUGACAGAUUCCGCUUUAAUAAACAAUCAUGCACUGUGUGUAGGCCUAAAGUGCUGAAAGGAAUCCCAUUUAUCUGUGAGAUUAGCGACCCCUUGUCAGGUUAGGGUUUUAGUGCAUGUGUGGGUGGAAGAGAAGUGGUCAGCAGAAAGAUAUAAAAUAUAAGCACAGGGAGAAGUAUAUAACAAGGUAAUGUUGUGAAAAAGCUGCAGCUUCCAUGAUGCUUUGUAAUUCUAAAGCAUUCUAAAAGCAUGCAAAGCAUCAUGGGAGUUAUAGGUUUACAACAUCCGGGGAUCUACCUUUUGGGCAGCUCUGCUUUAGACUCUUAGAUUCUCCAACCAAUUACUUGAUUUAUGUCCAUCCAAUAAUAACAAUAAGGGUUCAGAGAAGGGCUACUAAACUGGUUCAUGGAUUGCGGGAUAAAACUUACCAGGAAAGGUUAAAGGAUCUUAACAUGUAUAGCUUGGAGGAAAGACGAGACAGGGGGGAUAUGAUAGAAACAUUUAAAUAUAUAAAGGGAAUCAACACAGUAAAGGAGGAGAUUAUAUUUAAAAGAAGAAAAACUACCACAACAAGAGGACACAGUCUUAAAUUAGAGGGGCAAAGGUUUAAAAAUAAUAUCAGGAAUAGUGAUGUCCCAAACGGUUCGCUGAACGGUUCGCCACGGACUCAUCAUUGAGUAAACUUUGACCCUGUACCUCACAGUCAGCAGACACAUUCCAGCCAAUCAGCAGCAGACCCUCCCUCCCAGACCCUCCCACCUCCUGGACAGCUCACUAAGAAUGCAGCUUCACAAUGGCUGUCCAGGAGGUGGGAGGGUCUGGGAGGGAGGGUCUGCUGCUGAUUGGCUGGAAUGUGUCUGCUGACUGUGAGGUACAGGGUCAAAGUUUACUCAAUGAUGAGUCCGUGGCGAACCGUUUGGCGAACCGUUCGGGACAUCAAUAAUCAGGAAGUAUUACUUUACUGAGAGGGUAGUGGAUGCAUGGAAUAGCCUUCCAGCUGAAGUGGUAGAGGUUAACACAGUAAAGGAGUUUAAGAAUGCGUGGGAUAGGCAUAAGGCUAUCCUAACUAUAAGAUAAGGCUAGGGACUAAUGAAAGUAUUUAGAAAAUUGGGCAGACUAGAUGGGCCGACUGGUUCUUCACAUUCUAUGUUUCUAUGUUUCUCUAGAACAACAAUCUAGUUACUCAUAAAAUUCCUAAUACAACCCAGUUCUAGUAUUACGUCAUUUAUUAGCUACAUAUAGAUCCAGAUUUAUUGAAGUCUCUCAGUGUUUUAGGAUUCUGUACAUCCUAUAGUGCUAUUCAAAGACGCAAAAAAUAAUAACAAAUAGAAACAAACACAAAAAAAAAACCUUUAAAUAACAGCACAACACUCAGAAUAAAACGUGGAUAUAUAAAGAUCCAAAUGUUUUUUGUGUGAUUUUGGUAGUUUAAAUGCAAUCAUAAUGCAGCAACAACAACAUAUUUACAGCUGGGCAUAUUUAUCAAACUUGGUAUGAUGUAGAACUGUAAAAGUCUUCAUAGAAAUAUACUGGUGGUUUCCACGAUGAUUGCCCUAUGUUUUCCAGCAUACUUUUAAUACAUGCAACAAUGUUGAACAUUCUUAUAUGUAGAAAUAUUAACCCCAGGGCUCAAUUUUAAAAGUGAAAAUUUGGCAAUGUUGAUUAGAAAUUCACCCCUAGUGAGUGCGUUCCAUGGACCUUCAAGGCUUGCGGUGGCAAGUAACUUUUAAGGCCUGGUUUGGCUUGAAAUUUUAAAAGUAAAACCUAUCCUCUCUUGUACAGAAAGUGAGCGUAGAGACAUUUCUUCUCAUAGAAAUAUCCAAGCAUAUGUUGAUGGAGGACAAUGCAGUCUAUUGGCUUAUUUUUUCAUUUUGAUUUUCCAGAUCACGAAAUGAUUGCAUGAUAAUUAACAAGGAGAAUUUAAAUUAUCAUCAGUUCGUUCCUUUUACUUGCUCAUGAGCCUCCAUUAAAAGCUCCGGUGGGGUGUUAAGUGAUAAAAAAUAAUUUUUAUCAGUCCUAUUAAAAUGAUUCUGUGUUUGUGUGUGGGUUUUUUUUUUUUUUUUUAAAGGUCUGCAGCAGGAACAGGGUAAAUAUAAUCAGACCUUCCCUACUGUGCUGUCUGCCCUUCUCUAUAUACCAUAGAACCAGGCUUGAAAUUCAGACUUGCUUAGUAAAAAAAGGUAACCUGACUUGCAACCAUUAAAUCAGAAGCACUGCAUUUAGUGGCAUAGGAAACGUGUCUGUAACUCCAGUAGUAUUGUGAUUGGAAAGGGCAAGUUUGUGAGAAGACAUCAUUUAGUUUUCAUACAGUGCAGUAUGUUAUUAAACAUUUCCAACAAAUAAAUAUAAAAAUAAAUGUCAGCAGGUUUGUAAUCGAGUCUUACUGACUAGUGAUUUAAAUCAAACCCUCUCUGCAUGCAAAUCAUGAGCAUAUUAUUAUUGUUAUUGAAGCAAAUUUCAGAUCUCUCUUCUUGUUCCAACAGCCAGGAGCACUUAUAAAAAUGUAUUUACUGAAAUAAGCAUUUUUCUUUUUAGAAAAAUCAUGCAUGGAAGAAUUUUGUUUGUGUGUUUAGUUCAUUCCUUUAUUGUGCCAUUCGGAGAUCUGUUAUUCGGACGAAAGGACAAAUAAGCCAAUUUUAAUCUAAAACGAAGGCCCAAGUCUAGCAGGGUUAUUCACUAAAAUGAGAAUUGAGAGUGAUUUCAAAGUGAAUUUCUAAUUCACCGUAAAAUUAGCAGAAUUGGAAAACUUCCCUAACACAGCUAUGAUUCUAGUUCAGCUACUUCAGCCUUAACUUUAUUAUUCACUUUAAACUCUCUUUAGAAAAUAAAUCUAUGGGAUUUAUGUUGAUUAGGGCAAGAUCACAGGUGUAAUUGUAACCUAACAAAGGGGGGAUAACUUUUACUAAUACAAUUCAAUGACCCUGGAGAACAAAUAAUGUGAUUAAUGUAAAAAAAAUCUACACCAACACUAGGGCACUUGUAAGUAGCAUUCUUGCUCCCAGUGAACUGAUAUUCUUGAGCAUCCAAGGUGUUCUAGUUUGACCAUUAGAUGGCAGUAUAAAUAGUAAUAUAAAGAAUAUAAUAUUUAUUAUAUUAUUGGACUGUAUUUUUGUAUUCCAUAAUGGGAACACAUCCCUCUUUUUAAUAUCAAGAUGUGAACUAUCUUCCAAAGGUAUCCAAUUAGCACGCAGGAAAUGUGUUAUGGCUGCUUGACAUGUCUAGUAAAGAGCAUGAUUGCAAACAAGAGAGAGGAUUGGAAGGAAUUACUCUAUAUAUUAACAUUUUAGACUUUUUGUACAAGUCUUUUUUGGAUCCUGUACACUGCCUGGAAGGUUCCAUUCAACUCAAUGUUGCAAUAUGGUAUCACUUCCGUAGGUGCAUAAUAACAUCACAUUAUUAGUAUAUUCCUAAACCUCAUCAUUACUAAUCAUUACAUUUUUUUGAACCAAUUAGACAUCCAUACCUAAUAUGAAUAGGAACAUAUAUAUGUUUUAUAUUAUACAGGCACUACUCACCGACCAAGUUUCAAUUCUUACGACUUGGUCAUAAAAUUGGCCGGUAAAUGAGGUCUUGCACUAGAGCUAGAGAGCAGGUCUAUGUCCGGGGGAAUUGCCCUGAAGAUAGACCAGCUUACUAGCGCAGGGAAUGCCUCAACUCUAUGUUCGGGGUAAAUUCUCUGAACAUAGACCAGCUCUCUAGCGUGGAGAAUCCCUCAAAUGUAUGUUUAAGGGAAUUCCUGAGACUUCGAUUUGGGGGAUUUCUGGCAUUUGGUCUUAUGUCUGAGCAAUUGGUAAACAGGGAAGUCGCUAAGUAAGGACUACCUGUAUAUACAUUUGCACAAAGAUGAACUCCAUUUAACUAAUCACAUGACUUUAGAAGGCAUUUUACUGAGUUCUGAGUUUGAGUUUUUUGUAUUUGGAUUCACUUUUGUAUCACACAGCUAUGUUACAAUGCUGCCGCCCAUCCCAUGUGUUCCCUAUUAAGGGUUAAUAAGUAUGUAGGGAGUAUAUAAAACUACCCCUCUCUGUCUCAUUAAAGAUAUCUUUGCCAGAAGCUCAAGAAAGCAAGGUGAAAUGUUAGUGUAGGACCCACCUGAGAGGUUUGCCUUGACAUGGCAGGCGGGCAGUCCCUCCAAUGGCCAUUGGAGAAACUAAAUAACCUCCAUUUGUUUAAUUAUACAUAGGGUUUUGGAAGAGAGCGGAGGUAACUUUUUUUCCUUCGGUUUUUACUGGUGUAUUGGGCCUGAUGUGUACUAUGGUCAUUGCUGCCGCCCAAGAAUAGUGGGAGUUUGAGCGCAGAACUUUUUAUUUUUUUUAUUUUACUGAGACUGUUUGUUUAUUUAGAAUUGUUACAGCAAAAAAGGGGCUAUAAGAAAAACAACCAAAAAAGUGUAUAUUUCAUUCAAUUCUUACUUAAACAUUAAAGACUAUUUUGUGUAAAUGAGAAGUAGAUUCCAAUAACUGCUUUUUAAUUCCAUCUUGUAAGACAAUAAGUUGCAUAAAAGUUAAUUUUGCCAAACCCUACAUUCUUAGAUGUGUAGUUAUGCAAAACAAUUUAGAAUGUUAUACAGACCUGCAGAAUGUAAAUAUUUCGGGGUUUUAUUUUAUAGGUUCACAUAUGGGGCCGUAAAAAAGCUAUUGAAGAUGAGAAACAAGGAGACUAUGCUUUGGAAAAAACCAAGCCCAUCCUUGAGUUUUUUGAAAAAUAUUACAAUACUCCAUAUCCUCUGCCAAAGUCAGGUAAGCCUACUGCUGCACAAUCAUGGUUUGGCACAAAAAAAAAAAAAUAAAAAAAAAAAUAUAUAUAUAUAUAUAUAUAUAUAUAUAUAUAUAUAUAAAACACAUUAAUAAAAUUCUUUUUUUUAAUGUAAGUAUUGAUUAUUUUGUAUCUUCUCAAAAAAAAGAAAAGAAAAUAGUUUCCAUGUCUACCCAGAGACUACAGAACGAAGAGAGAAAAAUCUAAAUUAUGAAAUAGAUUUUAUGAUAGUGUUCUUCAGCAUACAUUUGUUAUGUCAUACAUAAGACAUUUCUUUACUAAUAAAUCCUGUUACCGCUCUCCUGCUAACUCUUCUACAGACCAAGUUGCUCUACCUGAUUUCAGUGCUGGAGCCAUGGAGAACUGGGGACUGGUGACAUACAGAGAGACAGCUCUGCUAUUUGAUCCUGAUGUAUCAUCAAUUGGCAACAAGGAAAGAGUGGUCUCCGUGAUUGCCCAUGAGCUUGCUCAUCAGGUAACUUUUGACUUCACAUCUGUGUAUCUAUACUAUUCAUAAUCUCUGCACUCACAUACAAAUUCCUCUGCUACCUCUUGUCUCAUCUCCAGUUUAACCUUUAGAUUAUAAACUCCUGGCAGUAAUAAAUAAUUAUGAUGACGAUGUGCACCACUUUACACCUUUAUAUGGGUAUAUGAUAAAUAUAAAGGAUUUCAGAUAACAAUGUGCUCUGAGGUAAUAUAGUAUAUGAGCUGCUACAAUACUAGUGUGAGUUCUUCCCAAACAUCGCACACAAAGUGUGGCAGAACCUACUGCCAAUUCCGUCUGUUUUUCCCAAUUUCGACUAUUUUGCACUUUUCCAUUCUGGAGUUAUAGUAUACGAACACCCUCCAUUUGUCUCCAGAACAAGGACCAGCCCUGUACCCCACUGGAAAGUUGACACCAGUAACUUAAGUGCAAAACUGCAAGGCAAGUAAUUAAUUAAUGCUUCCCCUGGGUGGCCGCCAUUUCGUUUAACCGAAUGCACGUGGUCGACAAAGGAGUGACGGACAUUUUCUCUCCCGAACGUGGACUGCGGCACUAGGUCAUCGACUGCCUGGAACUCUUUUCAUCUAGGCACUUGCACAAACCCCAGUAAAGAUUAGACCGCUGCCAGUUUUACUUCCAGACCAACUAUGCGAACGAUGUUCAGGAGAUGGGAACUAUUGAACAGGGGGAACAUUCGUACCCUGAAAUUAAGAGAAUCCCUUGCAUGGUGUCUGCACAGGAACCUCCAAACAGAGACCGACCAGGAAACCUAUUUCCCUGGAACUGUUUUUGGCUUGCACCUUGUGUCUGGCCGGUCAUAACUUUACCCCGGUGGCAUUCCAGUUUCACUGAACUGAUCUGAGUGAUAUUUGUAUAUGAUAUACACUCAGAUCAGGAUUAUCUGGGAAUUAACUUUUGUGGGGUUCCUAGUUAUGGUGGAUGUACGUUUGGGGUACUGUAUAUUUUGUAUCGAUUUUUUUUUUUUUGUACCUGAGAGUUAAUUGAAUUAUGGAUUUUUUGCACGCAAUUAUCUCUCAGGCACAAAGAACCAUGGGAAAGAAAACCCUGUAUUAUUGUGUUGGAGACCUCAUGUAAGGGUCUGUGUAUAAAAGCCGUGUGUGGCCUGAAAUAAAUCAGUUGACUCCUAGAACUGGGGGAAUGGAUGUCUGUAUGCUUUAAUGGUUCCAGUCUGGCUGAAGGAAUUAGCAGAGGUAACCAGUCGGGUAACCCGUGGUCCACUACACAAAGUACAUGCAAAAGAGAAAAUAGCACCUGAGCGUCAAGGUGACUACUGCCAACACCAGUUAAUAAGUGGAGCAUAUUGGAAUACUCUUAUCCCAAUAUAUAUGCUAAAGCAAAACAUGCCAAAAAAUAAAAUGAAAAUUUUAUUUGAAUUUUUUUUUUUUUUUUUUUUAACUAAGAAUUGACACACACACAAUAUUGAGUCUUGGCUGUAGGCUGUUACCUUGUAAAAAUAAGAAACAUCUCUAGAAAAAACAUUUAAAUAUUGUUUUCAAUUGACACUGUAGUCUAGAAAUGACUGCCCAGUGUCUAUUUUCCAUCAUGGAGAUAUUUAAAAUGUACACUUCAUGCCUCAAUUGACAAACAUAUUUAAUGCAUUAUAUCAAUAUUUAUCAAUCUACAAAACCCAGGAAUAUGGAUAAAAUGCCAUGAAAAUCUAGUGGGAGCCAGAGUCCAGCUUUAAAUAGCUUUGUAAGUAGCUUCAGUCUUGCUUCUUUUUUUUUUAAUGAGCAACUCCCAGCCACAUGAGUGCAACAUUUUGUGGGCCCUUUCAUGGCAAGAGAAUGCCCAUAUAAGUCACUUAUAAUUUACAUAGCAAGUGCAUCCUGUAAAAGAUGUAUAACCAGAAGAAUGCAGAAAUCUGAGAAUAUACAUUGAUCAGCCCCGACAUUUGCAGUGUGGUAGGGUGCAUUAUCCUGCUGAAAGAGGCCACUGCCAUCAGGGAACACCAUGAACGGAUUCAUAUGGCAACAAUCUCUAGGUAAGUGGUACAUGUCAAAGUAACAUCCAUAUUAAUGCCCAAGACCCAAGGUUUCCCAGCGGAAUAUUGCCCAGAGCAUAACACUGUCUCCGUUGUUCCUUCUUCCCAUAGUGCAUCCUGCUGCUAUUUCUUCCACAGGUUAAACGACACUCACCCGGCCAUCCAACUGAUCUACAAUAAACGCGAUUCAACCUGACAACCUUCUGCCAUUGUUCCAUGGUUCAGUUCUGAUGCUCACAUCACCAUAGAAGGUGCUUUUGGAGGUGGACUGGGGUCAUCAUGAUCUGACUGAUCUGUGCCUAUGCAGCCCCAUUCGCAGCAAACUGCUUUGCAUUUUGUCUAUGUACACCAAUCUACAAUAACAAACCAGGUUGCACACCAGAUAUAUUACUAUAUCUUUAUUUACAAAAACAAUAAGAUUAUAAAACAUAUAAUAAACAAAAUAACCGAGAAUGCUAGAAUCUGUCCAUCCAUUUAUCACGAUAUUACCAUGUAUAGAUUCUAGCUUCACUGUUUUGUUUUUUUUAUUGUAUGUUUAAUCAUCGUAUUGUUUUGUAACUAAAGAUAUAGUAAUAUUUUCUUGACACUUGAUUUUGAUACUAAGGGAUGUGUCUACCUAGGUUUGUAUCCUACUUAGUUAUAUGAUUUAGUUGCAUAGAGUGUACCUUUCUAUGCAAAGUGUUUAUGUAAUACUGACACCCUCCUAUACUGACACCGUAAUAUCAGGGCCAGCAUAGAGUGUACCUUCCUAUGCACAUUGUUGUUGUAAUACUGACACCCUCCUAUUAUGGUCAGCAUUAAGUUUUUCAGCAAUUUGAGCUACAGUAGAUUUUCUGUGUGAUCAGAAGGGCUAGCCUUUGUUUCCCACAUGUCUCAAUGAGACUUGGCUGUCCAUGGCAGGUUGUCCUUCCUUGCACCACUUUUGGUAGGGACUAACCACUGCCUACCGGAGACACCCCACAAGACUUGUUGUUAUGGAAAUGCUCUGGCCUAGCAAUCACUAUUUGGCCCUUGUCAAAGUCCCUCAGAUCUUUUUGCUUGCCCAUUUCUCCGGCUUCCAAUGUAUGAAAAUCAAGAACUGACUGGUCCCUUAUUGCCUGAUAUAUUCCACCCCUUUACAGGUGCCAUUGUAAAGAUAUAAUCAUGGUCCUUCACUUCACCUGUCAGUGGUUUUAAUGCUGUGGCUGAUCAUUGUAGCUGCAGUGAUUUUUGCAGACUGCUGGAGGUUUAUUGAAUUAAGUGUAGGGAGACAGUGGCAGGUAACUCAAUACACUGUAACCUGGGCAAGGAGCAUGCAUUUUUACAAUGUUCUCAGCUCCCUUAACUACAUGAAUUUAUUUUCAUAUUUGAGUAAACCGUCAAUCAUUAUACAUAACGAAACAUAGAACAUGUGAUGCUUAAGGUAAUUACCCUUUUUGCCUUGUUUGCUCUUUUUCAGUGGUUUGGAAAUCUUGUGACCAUACGAUGGUGGAAUGAUUUGUGGCUGAAUGAAGGUUUUGCCUCCUACGUGGAAUAUUUGGGAGCAGAUUAUGCAGAGCCCGACUGGCAUAUAGUAUGUUUUUCUCCAAUAUUUAAAAGAGUGGCACCCGUAAAUGCUGACUUAAUCGCUGUGUAAACACUCAUGCUAUUUCUGUUUCUCUAAAGCCCAGCACAAUGUUGACAGCGUGCGCCAAGUCUCUUCCACUGUCUUUUCUGUUAUGGAUCCAAUGCAUCCACUGUCUUUUCUGUUAUGGGCUGCAUGAUUAUUGCAAGCAGAAGAGGUAGCUUCUGCUUGCUAGUAUGAAGGGAGGGAGAGGGGGAGAUUAUUAUUAUGUUAUUUAUAGAGUGCCAUCAAAUUCUGCAGCGCUUUACAAUGGGUGGACGAACAGACAUGUAGUUGUAACCAGACAAGUUGGACACACAGGAACAGAGGGGUUGAAGGCCCUGCUCAAUGAGCUUACAUGCUAGAGGGAGUGGGGUAAAAUGACACAAAAAGGUAAGGAUAGUAUUAGACUAGUGACAGUUGCAGAAGAGGCAUCAGUCGGGAGCUGUGUGUUGUGGGGGGACUUAAAAGAUUGUGUGUCCUUAAUACUUUAUAAGAAAGUUUGUUUUUUUGCUCUUUUUCCUUUGUGCAAGAUAAUUAUUAUAACUAUUUAACAAAAUGCAUUUUUUUGUUAAUCACUUAAAUUAUAAUUAAAAGAACAGACAAAUAGCAAAGUAUAAAUCAUGGAGUGGAAGUCAGAUGUGAAACAUAUUGUAAGGGACUUAAAUUGGCAUUUUUUUAUAGUGUUAGAAAGUAAUCUAAUGCACACUGAUUGAUUGUAUGUUACAGACUGUACAUGUACUCAAAAAUAACUUUACCUUGGCAAGAAAAUACUAUCAAUUGACAACAUAUUGGGUUUCAAAUUUCAUGUUGAUGCUUGAUGUGCAGCUUGGCUAACACAUAUGUUAGGGUAAAAACAUUUUCCAUAAAUCACCAACAUACCAACUCCAAUACAAGGUGCAUCAUUAACUCCACAUGAAACUACACUCCUUCAUCUCCCGAUUUCAUGGGGACAAAACCUGGGCCAUAGGAGAUUCUCACUUGUGUCCCUUUGAAACCAAAGAAACAAACCAGGUGGGCAGAACACAAAUUCAAAAUUGACUGACACACUACAUGAAAAUCACUUUAUGCAUCAUCACCUAUGUAAUUUUUGGGUGAGUUCAAUUGUAACAAAGAAUGUUUGGAUGUUCUAUAGCUAAAUGCUUUAUUUAUUUUAAAUCCUUGUAGAAAGACUUGAUAGUACUAGAUGAUGUGCAUAGAGUAAUGGCGGUAGAUGCACUGGCUUCUUCUCAUCCACUGACAUCGAAAGAGGAAGAAGUUAACACCCCCGCUGAAAUAAGUCAAGUCUUUGACUCCAUUACGUAUAGUAAAGUAAGUUGAUUUAAAUUAUGUAUAAACUGCAGCUAUGUGUGUGGCAGGCUUUUGAAUGGUGGAAGCCAAUAAGCUUUCAUAAAAUCAAAUACUUAUUAUUGUUACAUUAUUUUUGGCAGUUGUCCACUAAAGAUGUAAAUUCACCAUCAGUUAAAACAGAGAUAUACCUAAACCAAACAAACACACACAAAAAAAAAUAAUCUCGUAGAAUAAUAACAUAAAAAUGUUUUCAAGGUUGCACUCACAGGAUUUCAGAUAUAAGCAGGCACAUCACAUAAAAUGUAGACCGUAGGUUUCAGGUAUUCUGUAUUUUCUUGGAAAUUAGAUGACUCAUGUGAAAAGAAAAUUAAAACAUAUAGUGCAACAUUGUAAGUAAAAGUAACAAUGACACUUUAUUGGUUACACUCACGAGAUUAAAAUUAAAAAGUCGCCCAUCAAUCAAAUCCUGCAACUUCCAGCAUUCAUCUCCACUGGCAGGUCUAUCCAACGGAUGGGAGAGGUGCUUACAGAUACAGGAUACACAAAUAUAAAUAAAUUAAAUGUAACUAUAAAUAAAUAACAGCCUUGCGUGUUUCGUCUUUAGAAUUAAGACUUCCUCAGUGGCAAAGAGUUAAUUUCAAAAUAAUAUUUACUGGAUAUAAAAGCAAUAAAUACUUUUCAAUGUUGUCUAAAUUCACAAUGUGCACAUAAGUCCAUAAGCCAGGUGGUGGAUUGCCAAUCCCAAUCUCCUGUCACACCUGAGCUCAAUCUUUACACUUCGAAAUAGACGUGAUCUUUGUAUUCCUUAUUUGGAGUUCCAGUUGUUGAGUGGAACACAUAUGCGUUCCAAUGAUGUCAUCUUCUGACUCCGGGGAAUGUGUUCCGCUUAUGUCUAAAUCAUAUUGUUGGCAAUAGCUGUGGAAUGCAUUCCUUCGUGUCAUAUGUUCUUCGGCAAAAUGGCGAGUUCAUAAAGUCUCAAAAAUGUCCCGCAUAUAAGAAAAUGAAAUUUAUAAAGGAAAAGAGAGACAUGCAAAAUUAGACUUAAAAUAUUAAAAUGUUAAAGAAAUAUAUUCCAACUAACUAUAUAUAUAUAUAUAUAUACACACAUACAUUUAUAUCUAUGAGACAUGACAUAGUGAACAGAAAGGAAAGUAUCGUAAAUCAGAGUUAUAGAUAUAAUGUGAAGUCAAGGUAGGAGAGGGUAUAAAUUUUUUUUUUUUUUAAAGUAAAAAUAAAAAUAGUAAUAAAAAUGGUAAUGAAAAAAAUAUUCUCACAAAAAAAUUAAUUAAAUCAAAAUAUACAUUCAACGCAAACGAUAAAUCCAAAACCAUUUAUUUUCCUUAGCUUCACCAUUAUAUCCCCCCUUUUUUCAUCAAGAGACACUUGUUCCUGAACAACAAAAGUGAGAUUAUUAAAUUUAAAAUCAGAACAUUUGUUGCAGUGGUUGGGAGCAGAGUGUGUGGUCACUUUUUUUUCCUAAUGUUGUUCAUAUGUUCUGAAAAAAAGCUUUCCUCCAUGUUUUUCCAACGUAUUGCAUACCGCACCCACAUGUGAGCAUAUAUACGACGUGUUGAAGAGCAGGUAACACAAAUCUCUAAAUUUUAAAUCUCUCCCCUGUAAUGGUGCUGGCAAAAGUGUGCAUGCUUGCUGGUAGAAAACGACAAGCUUUGCACUUUCAAUACCUAUAAAAACCCUCUCUUUUUCUGUCUUGAAUUGUUUUUUUUAAAUUCUGAAAGUGCUCGGUGCCAAAUGAUUCAUAAAAUGUUUUCUUUUUUUAAAACUGACAUUGGGCUUGUCUGGUUAUUCUGACCCUAAAAAUUCAUCUUGUUGCAACAAUGGCCAAUGUUUCUUUAAAAAUAUGAUUAAUAGAAGAAAAUGUUGGAUUAAAAUGUAUAUUAAACGAGUAUUCAAAGUGACUAUUUUUACCUUUAUUCUGUCUAGGUUUAUCUAUAAGGAGACCUCCACUAUUGAUAUUUCCUACCCUCUCUACUACUUUUUCCAGAAAGUCUCUCUCAUAUCCUUAUUCAAAAAAUUGAUUAGUUAAAAGUUGAGCUUGUUCAUAAUACAUCUCACUAUCAGUGAAAUUCCUUCUUAACCUUGUGUACUGACUUUUGAGAACUCCCAAGCCAUCUUGGGUGGUCACCACUGUCAGCUCCUAUAAAGCUGUUGGUGUCUGUAUGUUUAAAAAAGGGCUUUGUUUUAAUAUUAAGAUUUUCUAUAUAAAUCAUGAGAUCUAAAAAAGUCAAUCAGAUUUUUAUCAAAUGUAGGGGUAAAAAUAAGCGAUAAACCAUUAUCAUUGAUACAACGGAAGAAGUCUUCUAGAGUUUCUUUUGAUCCAUUCCAAAUAAUAAUAAUGUCGUUAAUGUAUCUCUGCCACAGCACCAAGUUUGCACCAUAUGGAUUAUUAUCCCAUAUUGUCGUACGUUCCCAGUUAUCCAUAAAAAUAUUGGCAUAAUUUAGGGCAAACGUGGUGCCCAUGGUGGUGCACUUGACUUGAAGAAAAUAUUCAUUCAUUAAACAUAAAAAAUGUUUGUGUCAGUAUAAAUGUUAUAGAUUUCAACAAAAACUCACAAAAAGUGGAAUCUAAAGUGGUAUAUAUUUUGAGAUUGUUCUCAACUGCUUCUAGACCAAAAGCAUGAUUGAUCACCGUAUAAGGUGAACUAACAUCUAAUGUAGCCCACAAAUCAUUUUCUUGCCAUUUGAUACAAUCUAAUUCUUGUAGUAAAUGUUUAAUAUCUUUAAGGUACGACCUACCUUCUUGUGCAUAUUUCUGUAAGUGGUGAUCUAUAACCUGUGACAAUUUAGAUGUUAAAGAAUCUAUCCCACUAAAUAUCGGUCUACCUUGUGGGUUCUUUUUAGAUUUAUGUAUCUUUGGCAGAAAAUAAAAGGUUGCCACUCUUGGAAAGUCUGGAUAAAAAAAAUGAUAGAUGUCUUUGUCAAUAAUCUCUUUGGUUUCAGCUUCUUUAAAAAAAAAAAAAGGCAUAGUUCAGCAUUGUAGUCUUUAUUGGGAUUAUACUGUAGUUUAUUAUAGGUGCUGGUAUCAUUCAGCAGUCUCUAUGCUUCUCCCAAAUAGUAUCUAGAAGGCAUCACUACUAUGCCAUCACCAUUAAAUGCUUUUUUUUUUUAAAUUCUUUUUUUUUUGUGGUUAAUAGUAAACAUCAUAUUACACCGUGUGAGCAAUAGGUAUUCUGCAUGUAGUACAUUUCACUGUAAAGACAGCAUCACAUGUAUAUCAUACACCAAAUGUUAUGUUUGUCUAGUAUAAAUUCCUCAUGGUUGCACGAUCGGCAAGUCUAUCUCUUAUCUGGAGGUUGCUGGACGGUAGCUAGUGCACCCUCCGGGUUGUCAGAUAGGGUUUUGUCUGGGUAUAAUUUAGCUUGAGGUGAAUGGGUGUUGAGUAACUACGACAUUGUCAUAGGGCUGGUAAGAGCAUAAUAUGCUUGUGGCCGUAGGCCAAUGGGCGGUUGUGCCAGCUAUGCGAGCUGUUAAGCGUGCACUAGCACGGGGAAGGGGCACGUUUAGUUAGAAGGUGGGGGGAAUUGCUGGGCAAGGUGACUGGUUGUUAGCUUACAGAGCCAGAUGGAGGUUGCAAAAAUCUGCACAUUUAACCAAAACAUAGUAAAAUCAAUAGUAAACUUAUGUUGCAAUAAUACAUUGUCAAAACAAAACUAUGAAUCUGUCGGCGCUGCUUGUUUCAGGUGGGUGAAUCAGGUGCACCCGGUCUUGUUCCCCUAGGCGCAAACGGGCUGAUGUGAGCGACAGUCCAUGAAGGUUGAGUGUCCGCUGGGGCCGCGUCUGCUGGUAGGCCCAGGGCCCGAAGGUAGACUGGAGCUUCUGACUUGUGCGUUAGAAGGUGCGUCUUGCCUGCUUUGUCCACCGUCAGUCGGUGCUGCCCCCAUUUGUAUGUGAUGGAGUUCUCGCGUAGCAGUUGAGUGAUCUGUCCGAGAGAUCUCCUCCACGUCACAGUGUGCCUGGAGAUAUCUCUAUACAAUGUUAAGUGUGCCCCCUCAAAUUGAAUUGUGGGUGAGCCUCUUGCGGCUCCCAUGAGCACCUCCAGGUCAGAGUCCCGAACAAACUUCACAAGUAUAUCCCUGGGAGCUUCCUGGGGAGCUUUGGUGGCUUUGUUUAGUCGAAAGCAAGAGUCCACCCCUAUUUGCUUUGCCUCUUUUGGUAGUAGCAGAGUGGCUAUCAGCCUCCGGCAGUAGUGGGAUAGCUCAGAGUUGGUGACUGAUUCUGGCACCCCUAGGAUCCUCACGUUUCGUGCCUUCGCCCUAUCUUCCUGAUUAGCUAGUUGUGUAGUUAGGGUGCUGCAUUGCUUUUGCAGCGACACCAGGGCUGCAACUGUGGCAGUUUGGGAUACCCCUGCGUCCUUGAGGCCCUCCUCUGCCUUCACCACCCAGCUUGUGAACGUGGAGACUUCCUCCCUGAUCAGCGCCAUGUCAGCUUGGAACAUCGCUUGUAUUUCUUUCACCAGUGCCUUUAUGUCGGCUUUUGUGGCAGGGGCUGAAUCGCCCAGCUCCAGGGGUGUUGUGGGUUUCGCUUGUACCUUUGAUGUUGGUGAGUAAGUGGCUGUCGGGCUCUCGUCGUCCGACGAUGGGGAGGUAUAGGCCCCAGCAGGUGCCAUCUUGAACAGGUCUGGCCGCAUGGCCGUGCACAUGAAAGACCCGAUAUUUCGGGAACCCGAGCCCGGGUCCGCUUUGUAUUUCUUUGCCUUCUUGCCCAUAUUGUAAGGCACUUGGGAGGCUUAGGGUGGCUAGGUAAAUGUGCCGCUUUUCACCUGUAUUCAGCGUUAUAUUUGGUUUUCCUCACGGAGCUGCGUCCAACUCACUCGGGUGCUGGCUCCUCCCCCCUUUAUCUGCCUUUUUAAUGACAAUAUCUCUCCUCUUUUAGUUGAUUUAAAAUUUGCAGUUCCCUACUCGUCAUAUUGUUACAAUAUUCUCGCUUUGUUCUCAAUUUUUCAAAAUCUUUCAAUACCAUUUUAUGAAAAGCUUCAAUUUGGCUACCUUUUUCUUGUGGGCAGAAAGUUUAUCUUGGUUUAAACUUUUUAAUGGAAUUCUAUUCUGCUUCUUUAUUUAAAUGAUAUUCCUUUCUAUAGAACUCUUGUACUUUCUCUUAAUAAAACAUAUCUUUAGACUAUUUUUUCUGGUAAAUUUUUGCAUGUCUAUAAAAAGUUGAAAUGAGUCAGGUGGAAGAUUAGGGGUAAAUGUAAGACCUUUAUUUAAAAUCAUAAAUUUUUCUUUGGUUAACGGGACAUCAGAAAUAAAAAUGAUUUAAAAAAUUCCUAAAAGCUCUUCUUUUUCAGGACUAUUUAACAUAUCUAAUUUUGAAUAUUUUGGGGGGGGAAAUAUUUAUUGAUUUGUUUCCUUUUUUGGGGGUAUCGCCCCUUCUCUUAAAAAAUCCCUCUUGUGGGAGGUAGAUUCUUGAGCUGGAGUAUUGUCGUAAUCCAUAUUUCUAUUCGAGAUGUUUGUCUCAAAUUGUUUUGUUUUCAGAUGCAUGUCUCGCCUGUUAUGUUCAUAGUUCUAUGUGUGUUACCCUCACUGUUAGUUCUCCCUGUGAUUGAAGAUUUUCUCUUUGAAGUAGAAAUUUUAUUUAUUUUGUUGUAGUUAAAGUGGUUACAAUUUGUACUCCUCUUGUCUCUAUAUUAUUUUUAUUACAGAUGGAAAAACAUUGUGUUUCUUUGUCAUUUUUAUCUCUUUUAUAUUUUCUGUCCUUGGUUUCAGCAAUUUUCUCAUCCAUUUUUUUGUGCUCUUUUAUACACAAUUUUUUCUCUUUGUAUGUAUUCAGGAGUAUUCAUAUCAAGACAAUUAAUUGUAUCUAAAAAUUUUAAUUCCUGUGUGACUUUAUUGAUGUUUUCGUUUUCAAAAUCCACAAUGACUUUCAUCAAUAUUGUUUUUUCAAGCCCAUUUGAUGGAUAUUUAUUCUGUCUAAGGCCUCUUGGAAACAAUCCUGCUUUAAUGUAGCUAACCAGAAAGGAGAUUUCCCACCAAUGUUUAGUUUCUCUAAUCAAUAAUUUCUCAAGUUGUUUUAAAAAAAUCAUUGUCAUUCUUAUUAUUGUGGUUAGUCUGUCUUUCUAAGAAAAGAGACUGAAAUUUAUCAACACUUUUCUGCCUAAGUUCUGAGAAUAUUGUAGCAAUAUGACGAGGGAGGAAUUGCACAUUUUAAAACCGCUAAAAGAGAGGAGAGAUAUUGUCAUUAAGAAAUCCGAUACUAUCAUUUUUUAUAUCAAGAGUGGCAACCUUUUAUUUUCUGCCAAAGAUACAUAAAUCUAAAAAGAACCCACCAGGUAGAGCGAUUUAUUAGUGGGAUAGAUUCUUUAACAUCUAAAUUGUCACAGUUUCUGGAUUAUCACUUACAGAAAUAUGUACAAGGAGCUAGGUCCUACCUUAAAGAUACUAAACAUUUACUACAAGAAUUAGAUUGUAUCGAAUGGCAAGAAAAUUAUAUGUGGGCUACAUUAGAUGUUCACUUUAUACAGUGAUUAAUCAGGCUUUUGGUCUAGAAGCAGUUGAGAACAAUCUCAAAAUAAAUACCACUUUAGAUUCCACUUUUUGCAAGUUUUUGUUGGAAUCUAUAACAUUUAUACUGACACACAAACAGCUUGAUUACUUUAAAUUUUAGAUACACCAGGGCACUCUUGGCACCAUAACCAACUACAGUGUGCUGUCUUUUUUUUUUUCUUUUGUCGCGACAAAGAUAGGGAAACAUUAUUUCUGUUUCCCAUGGCUCCUAUAAUUUGUUUAAUGGCAGAAAAGAGCAAAGCUUUGUCUGUUUGGAGCCACUCUGUUCUAGUUCCAGUUUAGACCUCACAAGCACAUUUUAGUUAAAUGUAAAGAAUAAGUAAAUUAAAUAAAAACAAAAAAACAAAAACUUACGACUGUAGGGGGUAACAAGAUGGUCCAAGUAGAGUAUGGCAUUGGUAACGAAAGAUUUUGCUAGGUUUGGUCAUUAAUUGAAGUAUACCAUGAAUACAUGGGGUUAUAAAUAGAAACUUUGCAUUAUUCAAAUAUAUUUAUUUUCAUUGUCAUCUAGGGUGCAUCAGUUAUUCGCAUGUUAUCUGACUUUAUCACCGAGGAAGUGUUUGUUGAAGGAUUAGCUGUAAGUACAUUCAACAAAUCAAAAUCAAAUAUUUCAUGUGUUUUUAUUCCAAAACCUGAUAUAUCCUUAUUUUAUUGCACAUUGAUUUUUGUUCCAUUCGUGAAAUAUACAAAACUGUAUGUAUUAUUAAAUAUUAUGUAACUAUUACUUUAUUCCAUAUAAUUUGACACAAGAAAAGAGCAUUUUUAUUUUUUCCAGACCUACCUGAAAGCAUUUGAAUAUAAUAGCACAGUGUACAGUGACUUGUGGACUCAUUUGCAAACCGUAAGUAGCCGUAUUAGAAACAUAUAUUUCGUAUAAAUAAUCAUGCUAUAGGUAAAACUGCUUCUUUAGGGGUGUUGAUCAAACCUGAUUUUUUUUUUUGACAUUUAAUGUUGCUUGUGUAUAUGGGUUAUAUACUAUUUCAAUUACAUUUCGUUACUCCUAGGCAGUUGAAACAAACUUGUCAUCUUCAUACCUACCUCAGUCAGUGGCUAGGAUCAUGGACACGUGGGUCCUACAGAUGGGAUUCCCAGUGGUAACAGUAGACACAACGACUGGACUUAUAACUCAGAAACACUUCCUCUUGGAUCCGGGCUCUAACGUGACACGUCCAUCUGAGUUUAAGUGCGUAGAACACAAAAAGCAUAUGUAUAAAAUUAAAUUUAGUAAAGUUCCAAAAGGUAGAUAAAUCCCAGAGGAACCUAACAGAAUGUGACCUAUGAAUGUAUGAAUUUCCAUAUUGGUAACUUUGUUUUGUCCACAAUUACCCUAAGCUCCUACUAAUACCAUUAUACAUACAUGAGACACAAUGUAUGGAAAUAUUGAGAAAAACAAAUGAGAAACGCUAAUCACGAUACACUCGUACAAAUUGAGGGAACAUACAAAGCUAUGUUUUCAAGGUUGAACUCUAUGGACAUCAGUUUUUUUAUUUAUUUUUUAUUUUUUUACAUGGGGGAGAUAUGAGGUAUCUCUCUGUAAAUGGGGACAUUGGUAGAAAAAGUAUAGUAUACUAUAACAUAACUAUAGGAACCUAGUACCAAAUUCUAGAAUCUAUGAAAAGAGAUAACUUUCUGUGGUAAUUGAAUUGGAAUUUUUCCACAAAUGUUUCCAUGGAAAUUGUUUAAUUAAAGUAGAUAAACAUUUUCUUGAUCAUAGAUUCCACACUAAGACCACAGAUAAUAGUCCCCUCUCUGAAUCUUGGGGGAAUAUAAUGAACUCUGAGUUGCAAGCUUUUUGCUCUGUGUGCAUUGAAGUUUUGUUCAAUUAGAUCAACAACCAGAAUUGGUCCAAGCUUUUAGCAAGCUGCGUUAAAAAUUUACAAAUAUUUUCUGGAAGCCACAUUUACAGUAAUGAUGUUAACAAUCUGCAUAGGAUAUUUUAACCACAAUGUUCAGGUGUCUCAUGGGAUUACUGGACUUUGCUUAAAGAACCAAAUGUGACACCUUACAGACGAUUCCAUUGUUUUUUGGGUUAUAGAGUUAUAUUUUAUAUAUAAUAUUAUGUCUUUAAAACUUCUGCAUUUAGUUUACCUCUCCAGUAGUUUUAUAAAAUCUGUAAAAUGCAAAGUACACACAUUGUCCCCCCAAAAAGUUACCCCAAAAUGCUAAACAUAUACAUUUUGGUAUCUAACUUCAGAUUGUUCAGGCAAUAACAAUUUUAUGAUAUGUUUAUUAUUGUAUAAUUAUUGUCUGUUUUCCAGUUACACCUGGAUUGUGCCAAUUUCAUAUUCAAAAAAUAAUGUCUAUAAAAACUACUGGCUGCAGAAUUCUUCAGGUAAAAAAAAUAUAUAUAUAUAUCAUAUAUCUUCUUCACAACUUACUUAAGUAAUUAAUUGUAAUUCAUAUCAUCAGUUCUAUUUUGGAGAUUUACUAAAUCAAUUUCUCCAUUAGUACCCAAUCAUUAAAUAUUUCCAAGAUGACUUUCCGGUGUUUGAGUAAAUUAUGCAUUUCAUUUAAGUGCUAAUUAGGCAGCUUCUUUACAAAUUCUGCCCAGCCUGGCAUAACAGAGCGUACUAUAAACAAAUCAUCUAUAGGGAGUCGUGUUAGCAAUUGUUCAGUUGACAUGUGGUCGCCAAGUUGAAGCAAGUUUCAUACAAUAUUUAUUUUUUAUUUUUGCCUUUACUGAUCCUUUCACCAGCACAAUUUAUGGAUUAAUUGUAUACCUGCACAAAGAUGAUCUAUCUAUGCAUGAUGUGCAUUAAAUGUGUAUUUUUACUCGUGCAUUAUGGGAGUGUGGUAUGUUUCAAACCUUGUCUUGCAUAGUUUUGUUUUUUUCUCAACUUUCAAUAUCUGGGGAUAUAAAUUUGUGGGUUAAUGCACCAACAUCUGUUGAACCCUCAGGAUUAGAGUCGGUUGGCAGGAUCAACUUGGCCUUUUCUGCUCGUGAGUUCAAUAAAAUGAACUUUAUUAAGUUGGGUAAUAGUAAUAUAUAUCAAUCAGCUGUCAGUUUGUUUAAUUUUAACCAUUUGUGUCAACGUGGUUAUAUACUUAACUGUAGGUCUCAUCUGAAGGUCAGGUCCAAUUAAACACACUCAUUACAUGGAACCCCAUUUUUACCAACAACAUAGAAACAUAGAAUGUGACGGCAGAUAAGAACCAUUCGGCCCAUCUAGUCUGCCCAAUUUUCUAAAUACUUUCAUUAGUCCCUGGCCUUACCUUAUCUUAUGCCUAGCCCACGCAUGCUUAAACUCCUUUACUGGGUUAACCCCUAUCACUUCAGCUGCAAGGUUAUUCCAUGCAUCCACUACCCUACUUUACUAUUAAUAACAAGGGUUAUUAAUAAAAGGUUUGAUGUAAUAUAUGGAGAGCAAAAAACAGGUCGCAAGAGUAUUCUGAGAACGGACAGCAGCUAAAAUAGCCUGCCCUUCGGUAUGUCUCCGCUCAGAACUCAAGCUGGUUUUAGCUCAUCUUGUGUCAUUACAGAGAGAACAUAUCUGAAGCAUAUCAGACUGGUUCCACCCAUACGGGCAGUCCAGAUUCGAUAUGCCAGCAAGUUCUCUCUGCACAAGAGAUACAGCAACCCCAGACGAUCGUUUCAGCCUUGUUAGGCAUCAUCAGUGAGGCAUAGCUGAUAUCUCUCUAGGCACUGUGAGCAUGGGGUCCACGUCUGGAUUAUCCUUUAAACUAAUGGAGAGCAAAAAACAGGUCGCAAGAGUAUUCUGAGAAUGGACAGCAGCUAAAAUAUCCUGCCCUUCGGUGGGUCCCCCCUCAGAACAGGCAGUCCAGAUGGGAAGUCCAGAUCCGAUAUGACAGCAAGUUCUCUCUGCACGAGAGAUACAGCAACCCCAGACGAUCGUUUCAGCCUUGUUACGCAUCAUCAGUGAGGCAUAGCUGAUAUCUCUCUAGGCACUGUGAGCAAGGGGUCCACAUCUGGAUUACAGAGAGAACUUGCUGGCAUUUCGGAUCUGGACUGCCCGUAUGGGUGGGACCAGUCUGAUAUGCUUCAGAUAUGUUCUCUCUGUAAAUGGCACAAGAUGAGCUAAAACCAGCUUGAAUUCUGAGCGGGGACUCACCGAAGGGCAGGCUAUUUUAGCUGCUGUCGGUUCUCAGAAUACUCUUGCGACCCAUUUUUUGCUCUCCAUUAAUUUAAAGGGUAAUCCAGACGUGGACCCCUUGCUCACGGUGCCUAGAGAGAUAUCAGCUAUGCCUCACUGAUGAUGCCUAACAAGGCUGAAACAAUUGUCUGGGGUUGCUGUAUCUCUCGUGCAGAGAGAACUUGCUGGCAUUUCAGAUCUGGACUGCCUGUAUGGGUGGGACCAGUCUGAUAUGCCUCAGAUAUGUUCUCUCUGUAAUGGCACAAGAUGAGCUAAAACCAGCUUGAGUUCUGAGCGGGGACUCACCAAAGGGCAGGCUAUUUUAGCUGCUGUCGGUUCUCAGAAUACUCUUGCGACCCAUUUUUUGAUGUAAUAUAUGUUUGCACUUCCUUAAAGAUAUUCAGCAUUCACAUGGUGAAAAUUCUUUUUGCAUUUCACGUAUUACUUUCUUUUUGUAGUUUUAAUUAAUAUAAUUACAACAUUUUUAAUUUGUGUAAAAAUAUGUUUUUACAUUUCAUAAAGUAUGCACAGUACGCUCUCCUAAUGUAUUGGUCUCUAUGGAAAGACAAUUUGCCAUUGUAGAUAAUGGCCUGUUAGUGGUGUAAAUAUGAUGAUAUUUUGUAUACAAACUAAUAGUAUCCAAUUGAACUAAUGGCAGUACCCAUUUGGAUUAAUAGUACCCAGCUGAACUAACAGAAUUCACUUGAAUAAGAUGAGUUUUAACUGAGAGUACUUUCUAUUUUUCCCACGGCUAGAAACAAACAAUGAUUUUAAGACUGGGGAAAAUGAAUGGCUUUUAGCAAACAUCAAUGUAACUGGAUACUACAGGGUUAAUUAUGAUGAUGGAAAUUGGAACAAGCUCAUUGCACAACUGGAGACGGACCCUUUGGUGAGUUUCGUAGAAAUAAUGUCUUUCCCACCUAAACAUUGGAUAAGGGGUUGGCAACAAGUAAAUCCCUAGCUGUACUUUAAGUGCAAUUAUAUUUUUUGUCAAAGAACAGUGGGAAAAUAUUGGCUAAGCAUUUUGAGAAAAGAGAUAUAAAAUGUUACUUUCUCUUUGUAAGCAAUCCUCCUGACAUCAGUAAAUGUAAGUUUUUUUUUUUUUUUUUCUCUCCUGGUGUCAGUUAUGAGUGAUAUAGUUGAGUACUUUUUGUCACCAGCAUUGGGAUCUACACAAGUAUUCUCUCAGGAGCUCCCACAAGUGACAGGAGGUAUCAUUGAUUUGCUCAUGUUAGUGAAUGCCGGGGGUUGCAUAUGAAGUAAGACACUGUUGGUUCUUAGAGAGUUCAUUUAUUGAGAGGGUUACACUGUGAUCAGGUCAAUUGGAAAACACAUUUCUGACUUGGGGCAGUCACAACCAUAGUGUGUUUCCUGGUUAAAAAAUAAUUACAAAAUUAUGAAUAAUAAAGAUAAUGCAAAUGCCACUGACAACGAAGCAUUGGAAAUUAACAUUGCAGCAUACAUGAUUGAUUAUAGUCUGUUAUAACUAAAUUAGAAAGUUGCCUUUUUUUCUAUUAGUGAAGGUACUAUUGAGGAUCAGUAUUCUGGAGGAAGUGCUUCCAUUUGAGGUGGUGAUAAGACAACUAUAUUUUUGUCAUCGGAAAAAAUAUCAGAGUCCUGAGGUUAAAGCGACACUCCAGGCCUUACUUUAUCUUGCUAAAAUGUUUUAUGUAGAGUAAAUCCUCUUUUGUAAAAUGAGAACAAAAAUUAUAUUAUUAUAUUUUUUUUAUUUGGGAAGUAGAGUCUAGUAGCCUUAUAUGUGUCUAUUGGUCCAGUUUAGGUAAUCCUGGAAAUGAGAUGCCAUAAGCAUAAAAUAUAGUGUUCUCUACUGAAAUCAUUGUCCGAUAUUUACCAAUGUAUAAUUUAAGAAAUCUCCGGGACACCUGUUUUACAUAUUCUGAAAUUUAGCUCCACCAACAUGGUGACAUAUAUCAUUUGUAUCCACAGAUGUCGCCAUGCUAGCAUAAUGCACUUUCAAAGAACUUAAAAUUGCUGUGUUAGAAUCAUGUUAGAAUCAUUUUGAAUUGGGAUAUUGAGGACUAGUGAUGUCCCGAAAGGUUCGUCGCGAACGGUUCGCCACGGACUCAUCAUUGAGUAAACUUUGACCCUGUACCUCACAGUCAGCAGACACAUUCCAGCCAAUCAGCAGCAGACCCUCCCUCCCAGAUCCUCCCACCUCCUACCUCCUGGACAGCAUCCAUUUUACAUUCAUUGUGAAGCUGCAUUCUUAGUGAGCUGUCCAGGAGGUGGGAGGGAUGGGAGGGAAGGUCUGCUGCUGAUUGGUUGGAAUGUGUCUGCUGACUGUGAGGUACAGGGUCAAAGUUCAGCGAACCGUUCGGGACAUCACUAUUGAGGACCCAUCCCGUUGAAGGUCAUCUUUACAUCAAAUGGUCUUUGCACACCAUCAAUUAUUUAUAUCUGAUCAAAUUGAGAAGUGUUGGGUAAUACUGGUGUAACAGCAACUUGUGGGAAAAAAGAAAAUGAAUGACGCAUCUUACUGGAGUAAGCACUUUAGUGUUGCUACCCUUUUACCUUCCAACAUGACAAACCCACAUGUCAAUAUACUAAAGAAUAGCAAUGUGUAUCAGACACUUUUGACAGACAAAGUUUCUUGUUAAAUUGUUUUUCCUUUUUUUGUAUCUCGUUAUCUUACAGACAAUUCCUGUUAUCAACCGUGCCCAAAUCAUUGAUGAUGCCUUUAAUUUAGCAAGGUGAGUUAUGCCUAGGACUUUGAGGUCUGCAUAAAAAAAAAAGCCUACUUUACGAACCAGUUCUGAUAAUACAUUUUGACUUUCAGUUAUUAAAGCAAUCACAAUCCCAGUUUCACAAACCUUUUUUUUCUUCUGCCAGUAAUCCAGUUAAAGACAGAAAAUUUUAUAAUCUAAAACCUGGGUCUAAACCAUGAUUUCCUCCUUAACCUCCCAAUCUCGAGCUUUGUGGAUUCUAGGAUUUUUUAUAAUAUCACAAAUUGGGGUUUUUAGAGUAUCACAAGUUGUAAUUUAAGGAGAGCCAAGUACAAAAUAUUAAUAUAUAAGCACAUAAUAUAAUAAUAUUCAAGUACAUUGUUAAUACUAAUAUUCUCCAGAGAGAAGCCUUUUUCUGAUAUAGCAACAAAUAUUUAAUAUAUAAGCAAUCACCCAUAUUAACUUUGUGCAUGGGCAGAACGUACACCGCAAUACCUCCCCUGACUUGAUGUAUACAAGCAACUAAUGAUUCCUAAUUAAUCAAUUAUAUCCUGAUUGGUGGGCAAGAAAGUACAGUAACUAGCGAAACAUAGUAACCUAGCAAAAUGAAUACAUAAACAAAUACACAUGUUUACAACACGUAAAAUGUUCUGUGUUUAUCUACCUUGAAACAUAUUUCUGACAUCUGGCUUCACCAGCAUUACAAACAGUAAAAUGUCUGUAAAAUUUGGAUUGUGAUUGCAUUGAAAACUGUCUUGCAAUUCCGUAUUAAAGUCAGAAAAAGUUAUCGAUCAGUUAUCACUUAUUAUUUUGGAUCCAUUUAUUUUCAUAGGGAUAGCAUAUAAGGGGUUUACACUGAUCAGCCACAAGAUUAAAACCACUGUGAAUGUAAGUGAAUAACAUUAAUUAUAUUGUCCCAGUGGCACCUGUGAAGGGGUGGUAUAUAUUAGACAGAAAGUGAACAGUCAGUUCUUGAAUUGCAUUUGUUAGAAUCAUGGAAAAAUGGGCAAACUGAAAGAUGCGAGUUACUUGGACCAGGGACAAAUAGUAAUGGCUAGAUUACUGGGUCAGAGCAUGUCCAAACCAGCAACUCUUGUGGGGUAUUCUCGGUAUGCAGUGGUUUGUGGGGAUAUUUAUGGGAUAAUAAUAGUAAACAGUUGAGAAUUGCCCACUAAUUCAAUUCUCAGAUCCCAAAUAUCGUUAUCGUGUUAAGUGAGAAGUAUUUCAUAUAAUAAUAUCACAAUUUUUGUUAUAAAAAUAGAUUUAUUUUAUAAUGACAAAUUAAUUAAUUAAUAAUAUGUAACAUGCAUGACAAUAAUCAAUGAAUGUUCAGUAUAAAAUGGUAUGCAAUACAAAGGAAUGGGUAUUACGUUUCAAUGGCUAUUACAGCAUUUUCUGUCAAGACUUUAUUUAUGACUAUCUUUCACACAGACAUAGAGCGAAACUUUUCAAAGCGAGGGGCCAUAAAACCCUUGCUAACAGUUAGAAUAACCCUUUCAAUGCUGGCUAGAUCUCCUAGAUAAUUAAGAUCUAUUCUUAUGUAAUUUCUAAAUAAAUUAACAUUUAAACCAGUUCAUUAGUCAUUUCCUGGAACCAUCCAAUAAGAGAAUCUACCAUAUUAUAUAAGCAGAUUUUAAUUUGUCUAAAAGAUAUCUUAUCUUAAUUUAGAGCAAAUCAAUACACCUGGAUAAAAACAACGGUAUGCUACCACGUGAUAAUAUCACAUCAAUAUAUAAUUAUUCUUAAUUCCACCUGCAGAAUGGAAUGUUUAUAACUAUAUAUUCUUUAGUUAACUAAGAUUUCUUAAUAUGGAAAUCUGACCGUGCUUUAUCCAGUCAUAUAUAAUGCUAUUAAUACAUUUUAAUUAAUUUAAUUAAUUAAAUGAAACCAGUAUAAUUACCAGUUGAGUAGAUAUUUCAUCCGAUUGGUAGUCUCAGGAACCUAUUUGGAUGUCUCUCUGCAUGGAGGUUGGAGUCCCCAAACUUCCAAUUCCUCUCUCCUCUUUUUCCUUUCUCCUUUGCAUUUAUCUCUAUCUUCCCUUUGUCCUAACUUUUAAAGGGCCAGACUCUCUGUACGUCAUCAGUUGAUAAUCCAAUAGAAGCACUAAAGGUGUGGUUAUCUUCCAGAUCGCAAUUUAGGUAUUUAGUCUAUAGAGGGCAGUCUUGUCCCACUAAACAUACCUAUCCAGGAAAGAGUUAACUUUUCUGGUUGGCUAUUUUGAAGUCAUUUUGCGUUAUCUUUAUAGUGCCAUAAUUUAAAAUUUCAAAGGGGUUCUUUUAGUUUUGUCCAGACUAUGUGUCUGGCAAAUCUGCUAUAAUUUCUGAUAUGGCAGAUCAUGAACUAAGUUUACCCUUUUCCAUACAAUGGUACCUUAAAUAUAUAUAGAGACUGUAAAAUUAAAUUAUUUAAUCUUCUCUGUCACAAUUGUCUGGGUUUAGAAUUGAUCUAUUCCAUUAGACAGUCUAUCCAACCCCCGUUCUUAUCACUUGUUUAUACUAUGCAUUCCUUUAGCUCUGGCAAAGUGGCUAGUCUUACAGAAAGAAAUCUUGUGUCUUUUUGUUAACUUGGAAAUAACAAAAUGGAGUCUGGUCUGUUCAGAGUGACUCAGAAUAUACACUUUUAAUUUCUAUCAUAGCUGUCUGCCGAUAUAAAUACCCUGACAUAACCCCCCUUUAGUGCAUUUCAUAGCCAAAAUUAAUUUAGCUUAUAAAUAAGCACUAUAGAAGUUACCAGACAUAUUGUGCAAUCACAUCAUUUCUAACAUAGGUCCGUGCGUGGAAUGAACAUUUUUGUAUAUAUUUGUACCUGUAAAAGUUUUGAACUUUACGCUUAGUACAAUCAACCAUAAUAUCAUUAUUAUCAUAGCACAUUUUUUCAUUUAAAAAAAAAUGUCUUUGAGAGUUACAUAUGGUAUGGCCAAUAAAAAGCAAAUCUCCAUACGUUCCGGAUCAAUUAAGAGAGGUAUAGCGCUCCCCAUCUCAAAGGCCAGAUUUAGUUGCAUAGGCUCAAUUGUCUCUCCAUCCACAUUGGCAAGCAUCGCAUGAACAAUAUCCUUGGAUACAAAGUACAGAGGUAUGCGUCCCCCUGCCAAUUCGAUCAUUCCAGUUUGCACUUCGUCGAGAAAAGCAAGUGUGUGGAACAAUAUUGGGUCAUGCAGAAAUAGAAGUUCACGCUUAAAUAAGUCAUGACUUUGGUGCAACUCAGUGGAUUUGGCAAUUAACUCCGAAUGCAAAUUUGUUGUAACAACUGUGUCUUCCACAAUAGUUAACAUGUCUUGGAGAAGUGUUCUUUGCUGUUGUAUCACCUGAUGAAUAUCGUUAAUGUGUUGCUUUAGCGCAUAUAUUUCCAUAUCCAGCUUUUGGACAAUAAUAGAGUUGGCUGCAAACAUUCCAGUUGCGACAACUGCACCGACAGUGGCACAAACUAAUGCAACAAUUAUAGCGGUGAGGAACCUUUUGGGUCGGUUGCUCAUCGGAAUAGAACUGGAUACAAAUGGUUUCCGGGCUUGCUCCAAGAUGUUUCGCACACGGUCCUGUGCUCUUUGGAGGUGCAUCUGGUACCAAGUCUGUAACUCAGGAAGCUGCAUCGAUGAAAUGUUGUAUGCCUUCUCGAUGGAAAUCUUGGGGUCCAAGUUGACGAACACACGUCGGGUCAGGAUCCUCUUCUCCGUUAAGAUGAACCCUGGUGUCUCUUGAAUCAGGAUGCCGGAUGAUGGUCCCAUCUCUGCGAUCGGGUCGGUCCGUAGCUCUUGGCACAGGAGCAGUACGAUCCAGAAACACGCCACAUCCUUCUUGGCCAUCUUUCGACAGUCACGGAUCAGGAACUCGUUCCAGACUUAUCUACUAAUGAUUCAAGGUUUGUUAAACAUACAAACUUAUAACAGUGUGACAUCACUUGGCCUAGGACAACACAUUAUUACGAUUCAUCAACAUAUGUAUUCUGUCUAAUUCUAUUUUUAUAACUUCAUCCCUCACUACAUUUAUUACUGACUCCUCAGCAAUAUGCCUAUAGCAGCUAAACAAGCUAGUAACCUGCUUAGAAAAUGUAGUUAUUGGAUGGCAAGGAAAUGGUUAAUGACAUGAACGUACAUGAGAUCAUGGCACAUCACAACAUUUCACAUCAUACUAUACCACGUGAAUCAAGCAUUCAUCCAGGUUAGUCGUUCACCCUUCUGCGUCCGAAUCCACACCUAUAAUCCUUAAUUGAGAUUUAGGAUGACAAGCACGCAACUGGUUAAUGUGAACCCACUUUUCAAUAAAAUCACCAUCCUUAGGAAUUUUUAUCUUGUACGCUACUGGGGAAUUUUGGCAAUGAUGACAUAUGGCCCUUUCCAAGAAGGUAAAAAUUUAUUUUCCUUAACUUGAUUUUGUGCAAAGUUAUACAGAUAGACUUGAUCUGUGAUCUCAUAUUCCUUUUUCGUGGUUUUUAGAUCUCAAUAGGUCUUAACCCCUGUCGCUGCUUUUUCUAGAUUCUUUUGGGCAAAAGCAAACGCAUGCUGUAAAUGCUUGCGCAAAUCUUCGAUUUACUGAUGCGUAGUGGCAGCAUUGAUCAAGUUAUGAUCCGAAGUACGAUAUAGUAAAUGCUGUGGUAAAACCAUCUUUCUUCCUGUCAUCAAUUCAAAAGGUGACAAUUUGGUAGCAGUGCUAGGUGUAGCUCUAAUCGCCAUUAAAACUAGGGGCAAUUUAAUGUCCCAGUCUUUACCAGACUCCUUAACAUACUUCUUCAGAAUAUUAACGAUAGACUGGUUAUAUCGCUCUACCCCCCCGCUAGACGCAGCGCGGUAUGCAAUAUGUAGCUUUCGUUUAACACCUAGAAUGUUCCACAUCUUAGCCAUUACUUCGCUGGUAAAAUGACUACCUCUGUCUGACUCAAUUCUUUGAGGCAGACCGAACCUGGAAAAGACAUGGUUAAUCAACAAAGUGACGCACAGGGUACUUGUGUUCUCUUUACAAGGCAAACAUUCUAUCCACUUUGUGUACAUACAUGUAACGGUUAACAUGUAUUUGUUACCUCUUGAAGAUCUUGUUACAGGACCUAUAAAGUCAAUUUGAAUAUCAGACCAGGGUAAUGACACCCACCUCUUCUGAAGUGGUGCACGAUGGGUUGGACCAUGGGGUUGAUAUUGCGGACAAAUCAAGCAUCCCUGACAGUAUGUCUUAACAUCCCUUAACAUGUGCGGCCAAUAUGCAUAAUCACGCAAUAUCUCAUAUGUGAUCUUAUCACCACGAUGCCCAGAUGUAGGUGCAUCAUGUGCGUGUUGGAGCAUUAACCCCCUGUAUACAGUUGGGACUACCCAUUGUUGUAUACCAUGUUUAGAAGUUCUGACCAGUAACCCAUCCAUGAUACUAAAGUGGACUUUAUAUCGCAUCAAGAUUCGUAAAUCUUCAUUAUCUUUGCAAUCCUCAUCUGUGAUGGGAUUGGCAGUAGGGUCUUCUAUAUGUCUAUAGAAUAUUCCUAUGACGGGAUCAUUCUUUUGACUGGUAAUCAGGUCCUCACUAGGAGCUUCUUGACUCCAUUGCACAACGUUUAAGUCGGCAUUAUCUCUAGCCUGUCGUCUAGUUAUGGCUUCAACAUGAAUUGAACCCAUAAGAUCAUCAAUGUUUAGGGUUUCACCAUUGAUGGCAGCUUGUUUUGCCAGUGAAUCGGCUAAGUCAUUACCAUCCUUGUCAAUACCUUCUAUUUUAGAAUGGCCUUUGGUUUUCUUCCAGUAGAUGGUUAAACCAUUUUCCUUAACCAGUUCAUCGAUUUUACAAAACAAUUUCCCAUGUUUAACAGGUUUGUUAUUGCUUUUCAGCAUUUGGUUACGUUUCCAGCUAGGCAGAUAUUCGACGAAACUGUUGCGAACAUAGUUGGAAUCAGUUAUAAUAACAAAUUCUUUAAUACCAUAUUCUAUUGCCAUUUUAAUGGUCUUAUAUACUGGACAGAGUUCGGCUAUCUGACUGCUUUUGGGACCAAUAUUGUAGAUACAUUAGGAUAAUCACCUGUCCAGGCGAUUCCGAUACCUGCAACUAACUUCCGUUCAGCACCAACGACGUGGUGAUAUGAACAACCAUCAAUGUAUACCCACGGUAGUGGUCAACAGUAUUCCUCGUCAUAAACUUUAUAAGGAGAUAGCAAUUGCUCUUCUAGGAAAUCAUCUCCGGUGUCAUUAUCAUCCAGAGAUGGAGCAGUAUAGUCAUGUAAUUCUGCUAAACCUUGGGCAACUGGACUUCUCUUAUUAUGUUUAUAACGGACUUCUAACGGCCAUCCCUGUAAGGAUAGAGUCCAUGCAGUAAUCCGACUGUUAGAGAGAUUACCGUCUCUAAUUCUUUCACUCUGCAGAUACUGUAGAGGUUGGUGAGCUGUUUCUACAAUUAUCUUCUCACCUUGGAUAUAGCUACGAAAAUUUUGUAGUGCCCAGACAGUCGACAAUAACGCCUUCUCACACGUGUUGAAUUUAACUUCAACAGGUGACAAAGUCUUGCUAGCAUAUGCAAUAACCUUGUUUAAACUGUCCUGCUUCUGAUACAGAACAGCACUUAUGCUUAAAUCAGUAUAUCCUGUCUCCAGAUAGAAGGGUUUAACCCCCUCUGGGUAUGCUAAACAGGGUGCCUGAGUGAGCUUCCUCCUCAGUUCACUUACCGCUUGGUCCUGAGGCUCCCCCCAGUUCCAGGUAGUUUCCUUUUUAAGCAGGUGUAAGAGUGGUUUUGUUAUUUCUGCAUAGUUAUCUAUAAACUUACGGGAGUAGUUAGUCAUACCAAGGAACGAUCUUAAUUCCCUGAUGUUUGAAGGUGUUUUAGCCUUUAGUACGGCUUCAACCUUCUUCCUCUGGGGAUUUAAUCCUUCAGAAGUUACCUCAUGUCCGAGGAAAUUGACAUGGGUGCGACACCAUUGCGCCUUUUGUAAAGACAGUUUAAUCCCUGCCUCUCUUAACUGAGUGAGAACAUGUCUAAUCUCUAAGAUAUGCUUAUCAAAGGAAGUGCUUUUCAGCAAGACAUCGUCGACAUAUGAUAACGUUCCUCUCUCGAGUGCGUCAGGCAUAGCUUUAUGCAUGAACACAGCGAAUUCAUGACCAGAGUUUAUAUAACCGAAAGGCAUACGGGUCCAGGUAUACUGCUGCUUUCCAAAUGUGAAGGCCAAUUUGUAUUGGUCUUCAUUAUGGACUGGUACAGUCCAAUAUCCCUGCGCACAGUCAAUGGCAGUGAAUAUUUUGGAUCCCUGCAUUUGUACCAAACAUUGGUCUAUGUAUGGCGUUGGCCAACCAGACAUAUAGACGCAUUUAUUUAGCUGUCGUAAGUCAGCGCAUAAACGCCAUUGUCCAUUAGGUUUCAGAAUCCCCAAGAUCGGAUUAUUAUACGAACUGUGCACUGGACGUAUAAUGCCCCUUUCCUUUAAAUUCUGAAUGAUGUCUUGUAGAUCAUCAUAUGACGCUAAUGGGAGUCUAUAUUGUUUGAUAAAUACAGGUGGUAAAUUUGGAUCAGUUUGUAUUCUGGCUACGUGGAGGUUAGUUAACCCACAGUCGUAGGAAUCUUUGGCAAAAAUAUCUUGGAAUUCCAAAAGGAUUUCCUUUAGCUGUUGCCGCUCAGCAUCGUUGGAGCAACCGUCAGCUAAAGAUAUUUGUUCUUCUAGCCUUUCCUGAAAUCCUGGAAAGAUUUCAGGCUGGCCUAUCUCAUAAGCUUCUUCAAGCCUAGAAGUUAGGUCAGUUCGGUGUUAACUUACCUUUUCUCUUUGGUCGUGAUACUCUUGUGAUUCCUGCUCAUUGAGCGGAUGAUUGAAGGUGAUUGAUGCUUCUUCGAUUUUACACGAGCCUUCUUCGAUGUUGAAGGGAUACACAGAUAGGAUAGUGAAUAAUCCUUCUGGGGAGGAAUGGAAUAUUUGAUCGACAAUUUCAUCCUCAGUUAAGUAUUCUUCAGGGAUGAGGCCUAUAAUUUGGUUUUGGAAACCAAAUGUAUAGUACUCAGCAUCCAAUGCUAGACCUAAUAAUGUUCCUUUUGGUAAAGUAACACUAUUGGGUGUAACAUUGUUGACCAUGAUAUAGGUGGGAUUCCUACCAAUACUUACCAUUGGUGUAUGUGUUACCACCAUCCCUAAUUGUUCUAUCCUGUUGGAUAAACAGAUUAGGGCAUCAGAGUUUUCUAAUCUCUGACCCUCCUUGACCUGUAGGGGUAAAAGAAAGUUACUUGUCCCUUGUGGAAUGGUUGUGUCAUCAGGUACUUGGAUACUUACCGCAUAUGGGAGUAUUUGUCCUGAUUUCAGGGCGAUUUCCUCGUGAAGGUAUCCACAAGGAUUACCUUUUAACCUUGUCCACAAGUUGGAAUUAAUCAGGUCAAGGUGUAUGGCAAAGCGAAGUAUGACAUCAUUGCCAACGUAAACCUGAUAGCGAGGUUCGUCUAUCACUAGGAAUAAAUGUUUAACUGUCUUAUUUCCGAUGGAAAUAGAUAGUAAACAUUUUGCUAUCACAUUGUGACUCUCUGAUUCGCCAUCCAGAUUCUGGAUCCACCUGUCAUGUGGGGAAGCGUACCUGAUUAUUUUAGGAUUAGCGAUCUGCUUUAACAGACUUCUGCUAAUAUAGCUGUUCUCACUCUUUAAGUCCAGCUUUGCAUUCCUACUUCUUCCUAAGUCAUUUAUUUGAAUAGGAAAGAAUAAGUUGUUAUUAACCCUUUCAAUUUUGGCAAGGAAUUGAGCACGACCUGCCAGAUCUACAGAUUCAACAUAGUCCCUGUGGAGAGAAAUGGUUAAAACAUCACCUUCCAGAGAGACAUUCUGGAUCCUCUCUGGAGCAAUUCUUAUGGAAUGCCCAUCUACAGGUGCGAUUGCAUCAUUCACCUGCAGGAUAGUCACGUCAGGUGACUGACUAUUCCUAAAAUGUACCUCAAUUGAGUCAGGUCUUUCUUCUAUCACAUGGCAGUUACGAUCAGAUUGUACAUGUGAUUUCUCAUAGGUUAUGGGAACUUUAGCUUGUGACCAUACAAUUCCAUUUACACAGUCAAUAAUUGUGUUAAGUCUUCUGAGUAUGUCUAUACCCAGAAUCAGUCGGUCAUAGGGGAGAUCUACCACUAUCACCGGGUGUCUAAAGGUUUUGUUACCUAUUUUAAACUUUAACCAGGUAUUGCCAAUAACAUGAAGGGCAUUUCCUCCUACACUCAACAGAGCAUUGGGGAAAUCUCUUAGCUUCGGCUUAUCCGUUGCUAAGUCCAUUACCUGCUGGAAGUAGGUAUUGGAUAAGAUAGUGGCUUGUGAACCAGUAUCUAUUAACCCUUUAAAAGGCUGGGGUAACGAAUCCUGUAUUUCUACAGACAUGUAGUACCUUCCUUCAUGUUCUUCUAAUUCACAUAAGAAUUUAGAAUGUGUCAACAUAUUACUUGUUUUCCAUACAUUACCGGUCACAGCAGUAGUUUCUACCUGUACUGAGGAAUGCUCAGUCUUACCCACAGGCCCAUCCUUUUUAGGAAUAUCUUGAUCUGUCAAGCGGGAACUAGUGGUCGGCAUCUCAUCAGUUAACCCUUUCAGGUCUGGAUCCUGGAAACUAGUGGCUGCUGGGGCUACUUUAGCCUUUGGCUGAAAUGAAAAAACAGAGGAACACGUUGCGCCUCCUUCACCCGGAAGUGAAGUGACUGUAUAGGCAAUAGGUUUCCUUACACAACUAUUGUUUGUUUGACUGUUAGUACCUGGAAAGGAAACAGGGUUAGGUAUUACAUCUACUGACAACCUACCGUGUUUCCCCGAAAAUAAACCCUACCCCGAAAAUAAGCCCUAGUCGGAUUUUCGGGGUGGGCUGCAAUAUAAGCCCUACCCCGAAAAUAAGACCUAGGCAUUUUACCUUUUCGGCGAGACUUCCUUCUUCUACUGUAGGAGGAGCGUUGCGGGCCGCGGCAUCGCGCAACGUGAUGACGACAUUUUGCAGCGCCGUCAGUCUGCCUUCACGGAUCUUCAGCGGAAGGAUCCAUUUCCAGGCGGUGAGGCUCCCAGUGGUCGGACUCGGCAAGGAAACUUUGAAAUGUGAGUACCGGUAGAUAUUUUAUGUCUGGGACUGAAUUAAUUAAAGGGGGUGGGGGGUGAAUUAAUUAAAGGGGGGUGAAUUAAAGGGUGGGCUGGAUUAAUUAGAGGGGGGUGAAUUAAUUAAAGGGGGGUGAAUUAAUUAAGGGGGGUGAAUUAAUUAAGGGGGCUGGAUUAAUUAGAGGGGGUGAAUUAAUUAAAGGGGUGGUGAAUUAAUUAAAGGGUGGGCUGGAUUAAUUAGAGGGGGGUGAAUUAAUUAAAGGGGGGUGAAUUAAUUAAAGGAUGGACUGGAUUAAUUAGAGGGGGUGAAUUAAUUAAAGGGGUGGUGAAUUAAUUAAAGGGUGGGCUGGAUUAAUUAGAGGGGGUGAAUUAAAGGGGUGGUGAAUUAAUUAAAGGGUGGGCUGGAUUAAUUAGAGGGGUGAAUUAAUUAAAGGGGUGGUGAAUUAAAGGGUGGGCUGGAUUAAUUAGAGGGUGGUGAAUUAAUUAAAGGGUGGGCUGGAUUAAUUAGAGGGGGUGAAUUAAUUAAAGGGGUGGUGAAUUAAUUAAAGGGUGGGCUGGAUUAAUUAGAGGGGGGUGAAUUAAUUAAAGGGGUGGUGAAUUAAUUAAAGGGUGGGCUGGAUUAAUUAGAGGGGGUGAAUUAAUUAAAGGGUGGGCUGGAUUAAUUAGAGGGGGUGGAUUAAUUAGAGGGGGUGGAUUAAUUAGAGGGGGGUGGAUUAAUUAAAGGGGGGGUUCAAUGUACAUACCGGUACCGUAAAUAAAUAAGCCCUACCCUGAAAAUAAGCCCUAGUGUGUUUUUUGUGACUAAAAUUAAUAUAAGACCCGGUCUUAUUUUCGGAGAAACACGGUAGCCUGUUUAGUCACAGUGGCUAUUAUUGCUGCGGCACCUGUUGUUGUUGCUGCGGUUGCACAGGUAGUUCUGCAAUUGGAGCUAUCCCUAAAAAAGGAUUGAGAGCAAAGACUUGGUUAAUCUUUGUCAUUUCCUCCAUUAAUUUGCCCAUCUGGUCUGUCAAUUGACCAACCUGACGACGCAAAUUAUUUCCCCCAUUGCCGUUUUGUCUUUGCCCAUUAGAAUUUGGCUGGGAUGGCUGAGACUGUUGGGAGUUAUUGGAAGCAGAUUGGUUGUUUCUGUUUCCAUAUCUCCUAUUUUUCCUUUCUCCUUUGCAUUUAUCUCUAUCUUCCCUUUGUCCUAACUUUUAAAGGGCCAGACUCUCUGUACGUCAUCAGUUAAUAACCCAAUAGAAGCACUAAAGGUGUGGUUAUCUUCCAGAUCGCAAUUUAGGUAUUUAGUCUAUAGAGGGCAGUCUUGUCCCACUAAACAUACCUAUCCAGGAAAGAGUUAACUUUUCUGGUUGGCUAUUUUGAAGUCAUUUUGUGUUAUCUUUAUAGUGCCAUAAUUUAAAAUUUCAAAGGGGUUCUUUUAGUUUUGUCCAGACUAUGUGUCUGGCAAAUCUGCUAUAAUUCUGAUAUGGCAGAGAUCAAGAACUAAGCUUCUUACCCUUUUCCAUACAAUGGUACCUUUAUAUAUAUAUAUAGACAGUUAAAUUUUAUUAUUUAAUCUUCUGUCACAAUUGUCUGGGUUUAGAUUUGAUUAUAUUCCAUUAGCAUUAGACAGUCUGUCCAACCCCCUUCCUUAUCACUUGGCUUGUAUAUACUAUGCAUUCCUUAGCUCUGGCAAAGAGGCCAGUCUUACAGAAAGAAAUCCUGUGUCUCUUUGUCUUUGUUAACUUGGAAUAACAAAAUGGAGUCUGGUCUGUUCAGAGUGACUCAGAAUAUACACUUUUAGUUUCUAUCAUAGCACAAAAUGUCUGCCGAUAUAAAUACUCUGACAGGUUUUCUACCAAAAGUGGUGCAUAGCCCGUCUGGCCAAAUUACACAGAAGAGCUACUGUAGUUGCUCAUAUUGCUGAAUAACUAUUCUGGCCAGAUAGAAAGGUGUCCGUAUACACAAUGCAUUGCAGUUUGCUGCAUAUGGAACUGCUUAGCCGCAGAAUUGUCAGAGUGCCCAUGAUGACCCCUGUCCACCACCGAAAUUGCCUUAAAUGGGGAUGUGAACACCAGAACUGGACCAUGGAGCAAUUAAAUAAGGUUGCCAGAUCUGAUGAAUAAUGUUUUAUUUUAGAACAGGUGGAUGGCCUGAUGCAUUUCUGUGGAAGAAAUGGCAGUAGGAUGCACUAUGGGAAGAAGGCAGGACCGUUGAGGCAGUGUUAUGCUCUGGGCAAUGUUCUGCUGUGGCUUUGUGGGUACCACCUACCUAGAGAUUGCUGCAGACCACGUAGCCCCUUCAUGGCAAUGGUUUUCAUUGAUGGCAGUGUCCUCUUGCAGCAUGGUAAUGCACCAUGUAAUUUGAGCAUGACAAAGAGUUUAAGGUAUUGACUUGGCCUCCAUAUUCCUCAGAUCUCAAUCCGAUUGAGCAAUUGUGGAUUGCGCUAGCACAAUAUGUCUGAUCCAUGGAGGCCCCACUUUGCAACUUGCACGACGUAAAACUUAAAGGAUCUGCUCCUACGUUCUUGGUGCCAGUUACCACAGGGCACAUUCAGAAGUCUUGUGGAGUCCAUGCCUUGAUGCAUCUGAGCAAAUUUUGCAGCAUAAGGGGGACCACACUAUUAGGCAAGUGGUUUUAAUGUUGUGGCUGAUCAGUGUAUCAUUUAGGCAAAUAAAAGCACAAAUUUAAGAAAGAGCUUUUCUUAAUUUUGCCCCCUGUUUUGGUAUCCAGUGUAUAGUACAACAACGUGCAUUCUAUAUUCAUGUACCACAGGCAUUCUGUAUACAUGCCUUAAUUUAAUAUCCUUUGGAAUAAUGGCGCACCAAAUUUAGCUUGUUUAGUUUUGCUCCAAGCCAAUAAUUUAUUUUCAGAUGAACCGAAAUUCGUAAAAAUAAAUGUAUUGAAAUGAAACUAAACACAUUGUUCGUACAUGCACAUCUUUAGGACAAAAACAGCAUAAAAUAAAACAUAACUCCUAAAACUGCAAAGAAAGUUAUAUACCACAGUAGAGAAGAAUGGAAGGGCAGGCAAUGGGAUGGACAGUUUAAAAAGUAUUUUAAACUAGUGUUCAGUUCAAACUAAACUUUCAGCUCCUACUCAAGUCAGGGGCGAUUAGCCGCGAGGCAACAAGGCUGCAUUUGCCUUGGCUUAUUUUUCAGGGGCGGCAAAAACGCCGCCUCAAAUGCCUAUGGCAGUUUAGUUAGCCUUGCGGCUAACUGAUAUCCUUCGGGAGUGGAGCGGUGUCGGUUAGGAGUUUUUUCCUGGAGCUGACUGUUAAGCCUUUCGCUGCUGCCGGUGCUGCAGAGCAGGCUGGGAUGAAGAUGACGCCAUCUUCCUGCUCCCAGCCUCACUUCAGCGGCCGGGCGUGCCAUGGUGGCUGAGCAGUCAGCUCAGGGGAAGAGCGCCGGGGCCAAGGCUCCGCCUGCCAGCGCCGCCCGCCCGACCGGCAGCCAAUGGACCACCUGACCACCAGGGAGAGAGACCCCCCCCCCCAGCACUCCCAAAGGUAAGGAGGUUGGGGGGGGAAUUUAAAUAAAAAAAAAAAGUUAAUGUGUGUGUGUGUGUGUCUGACUGUGUGUGUGUGUUUGUGCCUGACUCUGUGUGUGUGUUUGUGUGUUUGUGUCUGUGUGUGUGUCUGACUGUGUGUGUUUGUGUCUGACUCUGUGUGUGUGUUUGUGUCUGACUGUGUUUGUGUCUGACUGUGUGUGUGUGUUUGUGCCUGACUCUGUGUGUGUGUUUGUCUGUGUGUUUGUGUGUGUGUUUGUGUCUGUGUGUGUGUCUGACUGUGUGUGUUUGUGUCUGACUGUGUUUGUUUGUGAGUGUGUGUAUGUGUGUGCCUGACUCUGUGUGUGUGUUUGUGUCUGACUGUGUUUGUGUAUGUGUGUGUGUGUGUGUGUUUGUGUCUGACUGACUGUGUGUGUGUGUUUGUGUCUGACUGUGUGUGUGUGUGUGUGUGUGUCUGACUGUGUGUGUGUUUGUGUCUGACUGUGUGUGUUUGUGUCUGACCGUGUGUGUGUAUUUGUGUCUGACUGUGUGUGUGUGUAUGUGUGUGUGUGUGUUUGUGUGUGACUGACUGUGUGUGUGUGUUUGUGUCUGUGUAUGUGUCUGACUGUGUGUGUGUUUGUCUGUGUGUUUGUGUGUGUGUGUUUGCGUCUGACUGUGUGUGUGUCUGACUGUGUGUGUUUGUGUCUGACUGUGUUUGUGUGUUUGUGAGUGUGUGUGUGUGUCUGACUGUGUGUGUGUUUGUGAGUGUGUGUGUGUGUUUGUGUCUGUGUAUGUGUCUGACUGUGUGUGUAUGUUUGUGUCUGACUGUGUGUGUAUUUAGAAGGUGGGGCGGGAGGAAGGGUUGGGUGGGGGUGGCGCGGGGGGAGGGGGGCGCCUGAGUUUUGUCCUGCCUAGGGCAGCACAAAACCAGGAUACACCACUGACUCAAGUCCCAAAUAACCUCAGCAAAGGCUGAAGGAAAUCUUUAAAAAGUGGUCUUUGGUGUUAUGAUAAAUGGCAGUCAGAAAGGUGGUUGGCCUGCUUAUUGCUUUAACUUAAAGUAUUAACAUUGGCUGGAACUCUUUGCAUUUGAUAUAGAAACUUUUUUUUGUUUUUGUUUUGUUUUACCCCUUGCGCAAAAUGUUUGUGUUUAUACUAAAUAAGAGAAAUAGUUGACUUAAUAAUGAUAAUGUUCUGUUGUGUUCCAGAGCAAAGUAUGUGCCUACAACAAGAGCUCUAAACACAACCAGGUUCCUUGCAAAUGACACUGAAUACAUGCCAUGGCAGGCAGCCCUGAACAGUCUGAGUUUCUUUACACAGAUGUUUGAUCGCUCAGAGGUGUACGGACCAAUGAAGGUAAUAACUUUGUCAUAAUUCUUCCAGAACUUCUACACUGUAAGGUCUAUGACUGGCAGAACUUUCCACAUAGCAUGUUCACUAUAAUUUGGUCAUUCGAAAAACAAAAACAAAAAACUUUUGCACUUUAAAAAUACAAAUUCUGAUUAGUAAUAAAAUAAUGUGGAUUUAAAACUUAUUCAAGGUUCACUGACAUAUUUGAGCAUAGUGGAGAAUUGUUAAAUGAAUUUCAAGUUUUAAGCCAAUUAGGGCAGCUGGAGACAUUUUCUAAUUCUUUUAGUCUGAUCUAAAAUUUGCAAUUACCUUCAAUUCUCUAUAAUUCCUAGUUAGUUUAAUAAACCUACAAGUAUUUGUUUUGCCUAAAUCUUAUAACUAAAAAAAAAAUGACAUCAAAAUAAAAAAAAAUUGUGGGUGUGGUGGAACUGAGCCUUCAAGCGGGAUGGACAUGUAUUGCAUGAGCUCCCAUUUAUUCUGCCAAUUGUCGGGGGAAAUUACCCAUUUAUUGAGGCAACACUCUUUAUGUUGGGGGUACCCUGCAUUUUUUUGGCUAGACCUCAACCAGGACUUUAAGCCUCCAGGAACCUGCAGUGAACCGCUGUGGCCUACAAGUGAUGCAGCUGGGGAGAGGCGACCGCUCUCCUCUCUCUUACUCAAAACAAACACCAUUCAACUCCCGGAUCAGUGGGGCAGGGAGGGGGUAGGGGGAAGAGUAUGCUGGUCCCCACUGAACUGUUUCCAGUAGCUUCAGGGUUUUUCAGUGGUUAUUAACAACCAUUCCUGGCUGAUCUCUGGAUGCAACAGUACCUCACAAGAUGGCGGACGCAAGGUCUCCGCAAGACCUCACUGUGAGUUCCCUGAUGCGGCUCGACACGAUUUUCGCAUGAUUAUAGGCUACGCUUGAGGACCGUGUGACAGCCACACUUAGAAUCUAGGAGCCAUCUAAUAAAGUUAGGAGCCAGAUUUAUCAAUGUCAAAAAUACAAUUAUUAAAGGGACACUAUAGUCACCAUAACCACUACAGCUUAAUACCCUUGUUCUGAAGUAAAUGCUGACUUUUCAGACAAAAGACAGUUUCCCCCUGGACAACUUGGGAAGUGGGGGCAUGACUGCUGCACAUGAAUAAGGGGCUGGAUUAUAAAAUUAUACAAUGUUGCAAAGUGGUCCGUUUGGUAGGAGGCCGAGGGAGGAGACUAGUCAGCAGAGACAAGGGACAGGUGAAUACUGAAUUUUCAAGGGAAAGAAGAAUACUGACUUUUAAAUUUGUCCAGUUUUGUCCUGAAGAUUUCUGCAAGCAAAAAGAAGAAAAAUAAGUUGUUAGGCUGACCAGAGGUCUGUGAGACCCUGUGUGAUACCCCUUCCAGGAUGACUACAGCAACAAUGAUGGCUGAAUCUGACUUGUAGAGGCUCCUGCAGGCCUACCAGGCAUCCCACGGGCCAGAAGGCGCUGGAGGCCCUGGUAUCAGGUGUGGGAGCAGCAUCGGGGACCGCAGGGACAACGGAUGUCGUUGCGGUGGCUGGCGGAUGGAGGGCCAGAUGGUCCAGGCCUCCGUAGCGUUUAUCCCCCAGUCCAGUGAGGAGAGAUGACGGGGGCAACAUGAGACCCAGGGGAUUGCUGGCAGCGGUGAGAGGACAUCGCCAGCGGUAGCCGCGGGCGCAGGAGACGGUCCACACGAGGAGGAGCAGGUGAGGCCCAAGAUGGCGGCCCCAGCAAUGGCAGCGAGCCCGCCAGAAGAUCGCGCAGUUCGCAUGCGUCUUUUCCGGCCAGAGCGGAAGUGACGAUAUCACGCACGCAAUGUGGCGUGCGUGCACAGGAAGUCGGCGCAGGAAUGCAGGGCGAGUACGGGACUGCUGCGCAGGGGGGAGAGCGCCAGUCCCAGGCCUUGGCGCAGCACCAUCUACAUGACAGGAGCAGCAGGUACAGACAGCGGCCCGGCUGUACAGGCGGCCAUGGGUCCCCAACAGCACCUUCUGAAGAGGGCAGUGCCCAGUCUGGAUCGGAGGAGGAGAGAACCACUGUUCCAGUGCUGAUUCCUGCGACGGGUACCGGUGAGUAUUGCGCUAGCGCAUGGGAAGCGCUGGGAACUAGUAAGGGAUCCAGUGAGCAGGGUCUUCAAGGGGAUAGUGUUCUCUCAUUGCUUAGGGCUGUACUAGCCAGGCUGCCAGAGGGUGCUGCUCAGGCCAAGGCGCAGGUUAGUGUCCCUAUGCAGGCGUUGGUGUCUGGUCGUCCCCCUAUGCCAGGUUGCAAGAUGGCACCACAAGGGAUGCAUAUGCCCCUGGAGGUCAGGGAUAAAAUAAUCAGGGGUGAGUUUAUAGAUGUAUUAACCCUGGUUCCCCCGACCGGGAAUCUGUGGACAAACCGCGCCGCAGGAAGUCGGCGGAGGGAGAGACAGGUAAGAUUCCAUGCACCUUUGGAAACUGGCUCCAAGGGUUCAUGGUAUAUAGAGAAGGCCCCGGCACUGUUCGGAUAUGUGAAUCUUAUUUGGGGGGCGUACAAAGUUUAUGGGGGCCAAUGCUGGUUUCGCUACGACCAGCAAUUUCGUCAACAAAAAAAAUGGCGUUUAGUCUGGGUAUGGGCUUUGGGGUGCAGGACGGCAGCUUGUGGAUGCUGUUGAUGACCCCCUCGAGGCCAGCCCCCUUUACCAGUGCUCCGGCAGGGACGUGCAAGGGCGUGUGCUGGCUUUUUUAAUGAGAGCCACUGCAAGUGGUACGGAGCUUGCAGGUUUAAACAUGAGUGUUUGAGGGGCGGAGUGGCUCAUCCAGCUCAUCCAGAGGGUGCCGGUGAGCGUGGUAAGGAUGCGAUCGACUGGUAUCCUACCUGGCGGGCAGCUGAGAUUUUGUUGGAUGGGUUUUCCGUGGGUUUUCGGGAUUCCGUUUGUACAUUCAGAUUCCCCUUCCCUCUCUAGUAAUUUGAAGUCCGUGCUGGGAAAAGAAGAGAUUUUAGCGGAGAAGUUGGACAAGGAAGUGUGAAGGAGGCGCAUGGCUGGCCCAUUGGCAGUUCCGCCCUUUUACAAUUUACGGGUCUCUCCAUUGGGCUUGGUGACCAAAAGGAUUCCGGAGCUUUUUGGCUCAUUCACCACCUGUCAAACCCAUCGGGUGGUUCGGUGAAUGAUGAUAUUGAUAAAGAGGUGUCCCGCGUUAGGUACGCAUCUUUUGACAGGGCUCUUGAAUUGCUUAGGGAGGCCGGAGCCGGGGCCUUGCUGGCGAAGUCUGAUAUUGAAUCCGCUUUCCGGCUCCUUCCAGUGCAUCUGAAAUGUUUUCAUUUACUAGGUUGUCAGUUUAAUGGUUCGUUCUUUUUUUUACUUUUUCAUGUUCGUACUUUGAGAUGUUCGCCUCAUUUCUCGAAUGGGUGGUAGCGCAGGUCACUGGCUGUUCGUCCAUUACGCACUAUUUGGACUAUUUUUGUUCAUGGGAGUUCGGGCGUCGGACACAUGCGUCUGUCUAUUGGAGUCGUUUAGGGAGGUCUCGGUGGACUUUGGGGUUCCACUGGCAGAAAACAAGACAGUGGGGUCAGUGGAGGUCCUCUCCUAUCGGGGCAUAGAGAUUCAUAUCUCACUCAUGGUCUUUCGUCUGCCGGAAGGGAAGCUGGAGUAAUUACUCCUGGUAGAUAUGGUGAAGGGUGCAAAAAAAGUGCAGCUGAGGCAAAUCCAGGUGCUUUUGGGUCACCUCAAUUUUGCUUGUUGUGUGCUCUCUACGGGACGGGCAUUCUGUAGGCGUCAACCCUUUCGCUUUAUUCAAGUUACCAGUCAGCUGCGGGAUUAUCUGCAGAUGUGGAGUUCCUUCCUCGGUACAUAUGGUCAGUCAUGUUGGUUGCGUCCUGCUACGUCAAAUACGGAUCUCGAGCUGUUCACGGACGCCUCAGGGUCUGUGGGGUUUGGCGCGUACUUCCACGGUCGCUGGUGUACAGACACAUGGCUGCUUUCGUGGAAGGAGAGUGAGCUAAAGGGCAACCUUGAGUUUCUGGAGCUCUUCCCCAUCGUGGUAGCAGUGGAGCUGUGGGGCGAAGGGCUCUCGAAUAGGAAGGUGAUGGUGCGCACGGACAACAUGGGUGUUGUCCAUGUAAUUAAUCGGUCUAGCUCUGCGUCGCCUCCGGUGCUAGCGCUGCUUAGGCGGAUAGUGCGUCAUAAUGUGUGGAUUGUAGCGUGUCAUGUGCCAGGCGUGCUGAAUGUCAUCGCCUUUCUCGGUUUCAGUGGGACCGGUUUCGGGAGGUGUUAGUUUGUCAUCGGAUUGGAAAGGGGCUUGUCGACAGCGGCGGGUAGGCUGCGUGUGACGCUGGAACUCUUGGAGUCGCUAAGCGCGGCUGGUAAGUCAGUAGCGGUUGCGAGUAGGCAUUUGUCUGCUCUCUCCUUUUUGUGGUGAUGGUGAAAGGAUGGAUGCGAUGUUGAUGACCGGACUCUCGUAGGCCGAUCUCAUUUGAGGUACUGGUGACGCUGUUGUCCUUCCUUCCUCAGGUGUGCUCACUUGUUCGGCUCUUUCGAGUGGCCUUUUUACUGUGCUUUUUCAUAGCGCUGCGGAUUGGGGAAUUGGUAGCACCCAGGGCCUCGAUGCACUCGCGGUUGUGGCUCAGAGAUUUGGAGCUGUGAGCAUCGCGCUGACCAUAUACGAAGGUCAAAAACGGAUCAGGCAGGCAAAGGGGCCAAGGUUCGUUUCGGAGUUACAGGGGGUGUAUAUUGCCCAGUUCGGCUAGUGAGGUAGUUCCUCCAGUUUUGGGGUCAACGGGAGGGGUCCCUUUUGGUUCACCAGAAUGGUACAUCGCUGAGUCGGUUUCAGUUCUCUCGGAUUCUGUAGGUAUGCAGACCCUACCCAGUACACGUCACAUUCCUUCCGUGUAGGUGCGGCGACGCAGGCGAUUCAGAUGGGUCUUCCGGUGGAGGCGUUAAAACGUCUAGGAUGAUGGAAGUCAGGCCGGUAUCAGCUAUAUGUACUCAUCCAAAUGUUGUUAUGGUUUAGCAAUUUCCCCUUCUCUCUCCCCCUCUUCCUUCUCAAUUUGUUAAUUAUGUGAUUCCUGGAUGUAGGGUUGUUAUGUCUUUUCUUUCAUUCUAGGCAGGGGUCCGCGCUUCGUAUGGAUAAUAGGGCACUACUAUGUGUACUGGGCAGCCCAGUGCGCGUAAGACAGAGUGUAUGGCCGUAACUUGAGUUUUCCCUAUGAGUCAUUUAGGGUACAUUGGAGGGGUUAAGGGGAUUACGCUGGGACCAAAUGUACUCUGAAUGUCUUCAAUUGAGCCGCAGCGUCUCCGGUCCAGUCAUCCUGGUAUUGCACGCGGGCGGGAAUGACAUUGGACAGCGGCGGUCGGUCGAUCUCAUCCAGGCCAUGAAGCAAGAUGUGGCGCGCUGCUUUGCUCUUUUUUUAAGGACUUGAUUGUAGUUUGGUCAGAAAUCAUCUCUCGCCCAGUAUGGCGGGUGAGCGCACAUGGCAGAGGCUUAGAGAAGUGUAGGAGGAAGGUCAACAUGACGGUCUCUAGAUUUAUUCGGCUCAUGGGGGGAGUUGUAGUACGCCACUUUCAGCUGGAAGGAGAUAAUGCUAAUGUCAUGCAGGGGGAUGGUGUACAUUUGUCACGGGUAGGCUUGGACAUAUUCAAUGUGGGACUCCAGUCAGGAAUUGAAAUUGCGCUGUCGGCGGGAGGGCGCAAUGCCGGCGCAGAGUAAGGUUCGCGAGGAGGGCAUCACGGUGGCAGUAUCAUGGACAGCGCAAAUUAAAGGUUAAAAUGAAGAGUGGCUUUGGGAAGAUGACUACCCGCGCGGGAGCUGAUGGCGGAGUGCCGGCUGUUUAGGCUCAUGGAAAAAAGGUUGGGGGAACUUUCUGUUGGGCAACCGCUCAACAGCUGACAGAUUUGGAUAGUGUUAAAAGUUAUAAAUGUAAUAAAUCUGUGGCCGUUGCCCUUAUCCACUAAGAAGGUAUCUGGUGUGUUAUUGGGGGGCAAUGGUGGGGACAUGGAUUAUCGGUCAGCAGUCAAGUGUUUACAUUGCUGCCCGCUGACACCUCUAGUGACAGUCACUCAGACUGAUUUUCAUAGAGAUGCAUUGAUUCACUGCAUCCCUAUGAGGAGAAGUUGAUUAUCGCAGUAGGGCAUUUUGCAGCAAAUGCGCAAUAGUCUCCCGAUGAUUUCCUAUGUGGAAGCAUUAGAUUAGCUGAGAUCAUCAAUAUUGAUGAUCUCAGCCAUGGAGGUUGGGCCAGCAUGGAGUGGGAAAAAAGAUGAGUAAAAACAUCUCUCAUGUGAUUGAAGGGGGGCAGGUCACCUAAACAUACACACUCACUGACACACACUGAUUUGAUACACACACUCACUGACAAACACACACAGACACACAGACUCACUCACUGACAGACACACACACACACACUAACUCCCUAAUUUGACAUACACACACACACGGACUUGAGACACACACUGAUAUAGCAACACUCCCUCACAAAUUACUUUUUUAUUUUAAUUAAUCUACCCAGCCUCCCUACCUUUGGGAGAGCUGGAGUGUAUCAGUUUCCCCUGGGUCCAGUGGGGAUGCUGUCAUCUCCCUAAGUUUCCUAGAGUGCUGUUUAGUGAUGCUGAGCUGGCCUGACAUAACCCGGCUCCCAGCAUCACUCGAAGGUGCACAGAGCAGGGCGAUUAUGGUUCUCUUGCUGCCGCCGCUGCACUAAUUUAGCCGCCCGCCUCCCUCAGCUCUCCAUGAGCUGGUGGCCCACCUGCCUUCCUCAGUCCUCCAUGAGCCGACUAAAUGCCUCCCCUCUCAGAAAGCCAGUCACCUCUGGGGCUGAACAGGCUCACAAAUCCCUGGCUUACCUGGUAUGAAGGUAAUUCGAAGCAAGGCCUUAUGAAAACAUCCAUGCAUGAGGAAGACAGUCCACCGACCGCAGCAGUCAACUAUUCCACCAUUCCGCUCUAUGCCAAUAAGGAGGGACUUGGACUCUAAGAGGCCCAGAGACUGUGGCACUGUGCAAUCGGUCCUUGUACAAGCCUGGGGGUGGAAGACAAUCGUAUCCCUCUCCUGGCACCGUUAUGCUGACCCCCUAUGAUAACCACCAUGAUCAAAUCCUGAGUCCACCAACUGUGGGCGUUGGAUGAUACCUCUUUUGCUAAUGUGCUAUUCUGAGUUGUGCAACCAGGGAUUGUUGUAGAUACCAAUUUGUUUUAUUUUAACAGAUUUACGUUUGGUUGUAUCCUAGUUUACUUACAGCUUUUAGCUUCUACCAUUCAGAGUGCCUUGCAUGUUUACUCUCAUACAUUAUUCUAUAGACACAACUCUCCAUGUCCAGAUGAUCUUCUCUAAUAUGUGUGCCUAGCAUUUUGCAAUAAUUAUAUACAAAUGUGCAGUUACUAUGUCUUAAAAAUGUUUGCAAUAGGUGUUGUGGCAAUGCAAGUCUGUUUGUACUACUACUAUGCAUAGCAAAAAUGCAGAAUUGUAAAAAGUAUGUGUGUGUGUGUGUAUGUGUAUAUAUAUAUAUAUAUAUACAUAUACAUAUAUAGAUUGAACAAAAUUAUAAACGCAACACUUUUGUUUUUGCUCCUAUUUUUCACAAGUUGAACUCAAAGAUCUAAGACUUUUUCUGUGUACACAAGAGGCCUAUUUCUCUCAAAUAUUGUUCACAAAUCUGUCUAAAUCUGUGUUAGUGAGCACUUCUCCUUUGCCGAGAUAAUCCAUCCACCUCACAGGUGUGGCAUAUCAAGAUGCAAACGUGUGCCUAGAGAACAGAGAUGGGUGAAUGGGUAGUAAUUUAAAGGUAUGAACUAUGUCAGUUUUACUGAGCCAUGCCCCUAUCCCUGCUGAAAUGAUUGCAUCUAUGGCAUUAUCUCGUAUGGUGUAUUCUUGUGGAAAUUCCUCUGAGGGAAUCAUGGAGUUAAGACUAGGGACUGCUGAGGAGAGUGGCACGGUGCGGUCUAUAAUUGAAGAUUAUGCUAGCUUUAGUGUACUAAUAAUCUUAAUUUUAAUAAGGACAGGAGGCGAGUAUUUUGCAUUAACUCUCUUUACUAAACUCCACAGCAGUAAAGAAAAACGUAAAGAGUAACAAAUAAAUCACUGAGCAGCAUAGUAUAUAAGGGUCAUGCUGCCUGUACACUUCCUCUUUCUUAAAGCGACAUCCAAGUCCAGAUAGAGCUCGAACAUCCAGAAACUCAACGAAACGGUAACUGAGGUCUCUGGCGAGCGGAACUUGAGGAGGCUCCUGGUAACGAGAUAGGAGGAGAGACCAAACGAAGCCGUCAUCCCAUCUUACGGAGUCGUGAGGUUAACGAACCAGCGACCAGUGGAGGUCCUGAAGAGGGUUACACUGAAAGGAGAGUAUAAAAUCGGUUAGGUACUGAACCGUAACUGUUCACGCCUGUGGGCUUUAACAGAAUGGUGUAAAUUAAACAGUACAGACAGAUUGUAAGCUGGCCAUAGGCUAAAUAUGUGUAGGUGUAAGCAUGUUGUACAACUAAACUGUCCGUCUAGGUGGAAACACUGGGAAUAGAGAUGGAAGGGAUACCGAAUAUGUCCAGAAGAUAGUGGAACCACUAAUAUGAAUCCCAAAAUCCAUCACCUUAAGAUCCACUCCCCCGAGGAGUCAGGGUAGGGAACAAAAGGGAGGGAAAAUACUCGCCUCCUGUCCUUAUUAAAAUUAUUAGUACACUAAAGCUAGCAUAAUCUUCAAUUUUAUAACAUGACAGGAGGCUUCCUAUUUUGCAAUUUUAACGCUGAAGAAGUGACAUCCCAGCAGAAGGGGGAGUGCGAAAAUAAAAUGUACGGAAAGUGGAUUCCCUAGACCAGUCGCCGUUCUGAGAAUAUCCGAGAGGGACGCCCUUGCCAGGAAGGCUGAUGAAGUCGCCGCACCGCGAACGGAGUGGGCGCCGAAAGCGGGGUCUAUACCUGCGAGGGAAAGGAUCCAGCGGAUCCAUCGGGCCAAGGUGGUGACCGAGACUGGGGCGUGAGGGCGCACGUAGGAGACUAAGAGUUGGCCCGACGUAGAGGACCGGAGCGAGGAGGUAACCGAAACAUACCUGCGGAGGGUGGACACGACGCAAAGCUGCGGGUCGUCGGGAAAAAAUGGGUAAAAGACCGAGGUCGAACCCGACUUAGUGCGACGGGAAAUGUGAAACGUGACCCCUUCAGGGGCCACUUCGAAAGCGUCCACGUCGAAGGCCCGAACGUCUGAAACCCGUCGGAAAGAUACGAGACAGAGGAGGAAAGCGCACUUAGCGGAUAGUUGGCGUAGGGAGAGGCGGUCAUUCGGAAAGCCAAUCCCUGAAGAAGCGGAGAACCAGUCCCACAUCCCAUAGGUGAGGGUAUCUGGGGGCCGGGGGACGGCGGAGCCGCAUACCGUGGAGUAGACGGCAGACCAGAGGGUCUUUGCCGACCGGGAGAUCCCCGACGGGGGUGUGAGCCGCCGAAAUCGCGGAGCGCACGACAUUGACCGAACGGUAAGAGCGGCCAGAUGAAAACAAGGAGGAGAGAAAAUUAAGAAUCAUGGGAAUAGGUGCUGUAAAGGGAUCGGAGUCCCGUUCCAUGCACCAAGUAGACCAGGAGGCUCAAACUGAAAGGUAACAGCGUCUAGUUCACGGGGCCCAUGAGUCCCAUAAGAGGUCCCUAGCAGCCUGCGAUAGUCCGCUGACUCGCCAGGAACCCCGGAAAGAGACCAAGCCACCAGGGGUAGCCGGUCUUCCAGGAGUAGUGGGUGGAGAUGCCCUUUGGGAUCCGUGAGCAGGUCCGGGAAGGAUGGUAGGAGAAGAGGGUCCCUGUAGGAGGAGGCCAGGAGGUCCGGGAACCAUGGUUGGCUCUGCCACAAGGGCGCUAUGACAACCAGUUUGAUCUGUUGCGUCCGUAUCUGGUGUAGUGUUCUCGCAAUCAUGGAGAAUGGGGGAAAGGCGUAGGCUCCUGUCGACGGCCAUUGUUGGAGAAAUGCGUCUGUCGCCUUGAGCCAGCUGAAGAACUCCGGGGUCUGGUGAUUGUUGCGAGAGGCAAACAGAUCCAGGUGAAAGGGACCCCUCCGGGCUGCAAGGGCCCUGAAGAUUCUCGUGUUUAGCUUCCAGUCGCUGACGUCUCUCCAGUGGCGAGAGAACCAGUCGGCUGUGAGAUUGAUUUCUCCUGGCAAGUAUUCUGCCUGUAGCGUGAUGUUGCGAGGGAGGCAAUAGUCGAAAAUGCCUUUCGUGAUAUCCGACAGCAGGCGAGAGCGAGCGCCUCCCAGGCGGUUGAUGUACUGGACUGCGGAUACAUUGUCCAUGCGCAGGAGGAUGCAGCAGUUGGAUCUUUCCCGGGCCAAGCUGCGAAUCGCGAAGGAUCCUGCCAGGAGUUCGAGGCAAUUGAUGUGCAUGGAGAGCUCCUGCGCCGUCCAUGUUCCCCCCGUGGAGAUGGUUCCGUUGGUGGCACCCCAUCCCCACAGGCUGGCGUCUGAUUCCAGUACGAAGUCUGGAGCGUCUCUGAAUAUGGCCCUGCCGUUCCAGGCUUGCAUGCUGUCCAGCCACCAUGAUAGUUCCUCGCGAACCUCCAUCGUCACCGGGACGGGUUGGUCGUAAGUGGGCCUGCGGCGUAGGUAUUUCGCCUUGAGACGUUGCAUGGCCCUGUAGUGGAGGGGACCCGGAAAUAUGGCCUGAAUGGAAGCCGAGAGGAGUCCUACAAUCCUGGCCAGAUUGCGUAGUGGAAUGGAAUCGAGACGGAGAACCCUGCGAAUCUCCUUGCGAAUGGCUGUGAUCUUUGAGGCUGGUAGCCUCAGAGUGCAUGUCGUCGAGUCGAUCUCGAAGCCGAGGAAUUGUAUCGUCUGGGUAGGGGUCAGCUCCGAUUUCUGUUGGUUUACGAUAAAACCCAAGGACUCCAGUAGGGAUACUGCCAGGUGAGUGUGUUGGCGUAGUCUGUGUUCGUCGGCGCAGAAGAUGAGGAGAUCGUCUAAGUAGAUGAUGCAUCGAAUGCCCCUUGAUCUUAGGUGGGCCACCACUGGUUUUAGGAGUUUGGUGAAACACCAUGGGGCUGAGCUGAGCCCGAAAGGGAGGCAAGUGAAUUGCCAAGGGCCUCCGUGCCAGAGGAAACGUGGGAGUGCUCGACAGUCCGGGUGCACCGGGACUGACAGAUACGCGUCCUUUAGAUCGAGCCUGGUGAACCAGUCGUUGCUUCGAAGAAGGUCUCGCAGUAGGUGGAUGCCUUCCAUUUUGAAGUGGCGAUAGACCACAUAUGCGUUGAGGGCGCGUAGAUUGAUGACGGGGCGGUAUUCUCCCGAUUUUUUCCGAACCAGGAAGAUGUUGCUGAAGUAGCCACCCCCGUCGCGGGCCGGCUGGAUAGCCCCUUUGUCUCGGAGCUCGCGUAGCUCCGUGUUGACGAGGUUGUGGUCGGAGGAUGACAUGUGGAUGGGGCGAGGGGGCUGAACCUGAAAGGGGGUCCCCACUAGGUCUAUGAUAUAUCCCUGUACAGUUUGUAGGAUCCAUGUGUCUGAGCAUAGGGCGGCCCAAUUCUGGAAAGAAAGGGAAAUACGGCCCGCAGUGCGGGUACAUGGUAACAGUGGAGGAAUAUGGGUCCUUACCUGCGGUAAAGCGGGAACGUCCGCGUCCGCGGGGUCCACGACCUCUAUCCGAGCCUCUGGAAAAGGGUUGCUGCCGGUAGUCUCUUGUCGGGUAAAAUGGUGUUGGUUGGGUGCGGGGGCCUGAAGGCCAAAAUCGGCUGGCGGCACGGCCCCGUUGCCGGCCAGCCCUUCCAAAAACCCCUCUGGUAGGGUUGCUUCUGAAAACUCUGCGCAUUGAGGACUGCGCCUUAUUAAGGGAGGUGAACACGUUCACGUGUUUGUUGAGUUCCUUGAGGAACGGUUCGCCAAAUAGUUUCCCUUGUGCCUGGGGCCCAAUCUCCUUUGUGCCAAGGUCUGCCAAUUUGCCGUUAAUACGGUACAACGCUGCUUUUCUUCUCUCCGAAGAGAGCGUAACAUUAGUGUUUCCGAUUAAACAAAAACACCGUUGUGCCCAUUCACGAACAUCAUGUGCCCAUUCCCUGAUGUCCUCAGCGGAGAAGGAAUCGGCUUAGGUGUAGGCAUCAUCAGCCAGAUACAUAAUGCGAGCCAGGGGGCCUACAGAAUCCAGCAGGUUAUCUUGGGUGCCCCAUAGGCCUUUCUCCACCCCUCGGCGAGGGUCUCUACCACUGCGCGUCAUGAAGGUUGACAUAACCUUGUCGAAUUCCGGGGUCUGAGCGACCUUAUCCAGCAUGGAAGGGCGUGGGCAUUCAGACCUGAGACGGCUGCGGACCUCUUUUUCCAGAGGUUUGCGGAGCCACAGGUGCAUAAACCUUGAAAGGUGUUCUGGAGGCGACCAGUCACCUGAUCUGGGGUGCCGAAUGUUGCGGGGGUCGAACAUCACCUGGCCUGAGGGGUCCAAGAUGGCGUCUGAAUCAAGAGGAGGCUCUGCGUCCGCAGUGUCCUCUGCAUCUCCUCUCUGGGCCGCACCCAGUAGGGUCUCUCGCAUGAAAGCGGAGACCGAUUUCUCGUCCGAGCCCCAUGCGUCGUAGUCCGAGUCAGAGGCGUCAGCUUGCCAUUCAUCCAGCACUGACAUGGACUGUGCGUCCUGCUCUUCGUCUGAAGAGUACUCCUGACGCAGGGCCGGGGUGUGUAAUUUGGCAGACUUGCGCUUGGCAGGUGCCUUACCCUUAGGCGGUUUGGGUGUGUAGUCUUCGCCUUUGUCAUGGCGUUUUUUAGGGCGGGAAUCCUCCCGUGCCUGAUGGUCGGACAACUCAGAAUCCGAUUCGUGGCGUGGACGUCUGCGUUUAGGUACGUCAGGAGCCGAAGCUCGGGUCUUGGAGAGUGCCUUCUCCACAGAGGCAGCGACAGCUGCGUUAAUCAUGGCCUGAAAGUCCACAGGGACGUUCUGGGAAUCUUCCAUGUUAGGGUAGGCUUAUAGGUCACUGAGAGGCACAGCAAUGAACGGGCACCCAGGUCUUGAUAGUAGGCGUAGGGUCAGAUUUGGAAGUAUGGUGGGAACAAGCCCAGAAUAACCCCAGCAGGGUAUAGUAGUGACCUUAUAAACUGGGGCUCACCCAGUUAGAGAGAACUGCAACAGCUAGUCUCCCAGUAAGCAGCGUCUUUAUAGUGGGGGCUCACCCCGGUUGCACAGGGUUGGUACCCUUAAGUGCAGGCCACAAUAAUAAUAAACAGGCAGCAGCACUGACCUGACUGACCCAGCCACAGUAUAGCUUGAUAGAAGCAGAUGAGGCACAGAGACUGAGUAGCAGGUUGAAAGCAGCAGAUGGAGUGCAGGAGCAGGUAAUCCUUCAGUCACAGGGGUGUCAGACACAAAAGGUGUGAAAACAGCAGCUUAGGAGGUAACAGCAAGUUAACACAGCCCCUAAUGAGAUGCAUGAGGCAAAACUAAGAUGGCCGCAAGAAUCUCGCGAUGUCCGCGAUCAAAAAUGGCGGCCACGAGGUAGGCCGCAAGCCGGGGACUAAAUUUUUUAGGCCGGCCGCGGGCGGAAGCGGGCCGGCGCGAAAACGGCCGCGAACAAAACCGGCCGCAAGGAGGAAGCCCAGGAGGGCACUCCAGGGUAGGGGGGCAGAGGGGGGACCUGGGGAGACCAAGGGGAAGCCCAGGGAGGGUCCCAGGAGGCACAGAGGGGCAGAAGGAGGCAGGAAAAACCCACAGAAAGCCCCUAGUCCCCCAGCCCUGGUAUAGAACAAAGAAAUAGAAGGAAAGGCUAAAACAAUGAUGAUAAAGUAUGUUGAAAUAGCAAGGAAUAAACAAGUAAUGACAAUAAAUGAAUAACAAGUAAUGACAAUAAAUGUAUAAAGCUCCAGGGGAGCAAAUAUUCUGACCUGUCUGCGAUGGAGCAGUAAAGAAAGAGGAAGUGUACAGGCAGCAUGACCCUUAUAUACUAUGCUGCUCAGUGAUUUAUUUGUUACUCUUUACGUUUUUCUUUACUGCUGUGGAGUUUAGUAAAGAGAGUUAAUGCAAAAUAGGAAGCCUCCUGUCAUGUUAUAAAAUUAGUCUUUAUUUUAAAGAGUUUUCCUGGUAACUAUGCCAAUUGGGUUUGUCCUCCAACUAGAAAAUGGAGAUCCCUAAAAGGCUCUAAUAGAAAUCCUUAAUCCACUUCGUGCUGUAACAGCCAAUCUACUGUCACGGUAUUUGCCAUAGCCGAUUGUAGGUUGUUGUAUUCUAUGGUUCUUGCUGGCCUGUGAAUAAUGCCUGGAUGGGAACCUACAAGUACCUUUGUUGAAGUUGUUACAUGUUUGUGAUUUCCCAAAUACACAAUUGGACAUCCUAAUUUAUCAUUGACUGGUUUGUCACUCUUUGCUUUGGUGCUUGGGGUGGCCAGGUUAGGAGAGAUGUCAGGUGAGAUUGGACCUAGAUUAGCUGAGUGUGAAGUGGAUGAUGCACAGAUUGCAGGAGCUAGUGUCCUCAGUCCAGCGAAGUAUCUGCAGAAAAGCUGUGUCCAGUUGACACCAAUCUGUUCUAACGUUAAGCUGGGCAAGAGCUGCAGACACCUUCGUUGAGAAGGACCGGUGGUAGUCGUAAAUGCCGUACCACCGUAUUUAUUACUUAAGUCCACCAGCUUGUGCCUGUAGAGAUCUAGUUCCUCUCUCCUGUGUGGGUAAACUGAACAUAUGACGUCUCUGUAUAUCCUGAAUGCUAACACUAAAAUUCAAGAUAGAGCGUCUUUUGCUCAGUCUAGUAUCCCUGGCAUUUAGAACGACAGAUAUAUCCCCGUAUGCAUAAGUGCGAUUCUCAACAAUAUCCUGGGAGGCAAACAAAAGAGAGAUUAGAUUAAUAUCUUUGCCCUCCAGGAUAUCUUUUAUUCUUUUUUAUUUUUUGGCACCAUGUGAGCUGAUUGAAUAACAUGUGAACCCGCACCUGCUGAUAGCUGUUACCAGAUUGUGUCUAAGUAGGGCCUGGUGGUUCAGUAGCGGGGGGCCCUGUUGAUGGUAUAGCAAGACUACAUGUUUCAAGUCUUUCCAGACUCCCAUUCAUCUGUCCCCUAGAGGACACGAGUGAGGAUAUCAUAGCCUGGAUAUCAGUGUUGUUUGAGCUACUCAUGCCCUCUCCAGCAUCUGUAUUAUCCGUAUAAAUUUGCAAGAGCCUAAAUAGCUCUGCCUUCCUAGCUGUUCUCAGGUAAGGAAUGUUGCGCCUGCAUAGUUCAUCCGCUAUAAGGUGGAUGGUCCAUGACCUGACUGAAGCAGGGCUAGUAGCAUCACCUUUAUGUGUUCAUGUAGUGGACCUGCUGCAGUACUGGGAUUAUACAUAUCAUCUCCUUUUUUGGGAAUCUGAGACAUACUGAAAUGUAGCAAUAAUUGGUUUGUAUCCAAACCAUUUAACUGGAUGGCUAGCUAGUGCUAAGUGGCGAAGCAAUUCACUAAGUUGGUGACAUGUGAGGCCCUGCUAGUUGCCAAGCGGCAUGAGAGGUUCUAUCUAUGCGUUGCACGAGAGAGUUUCAUGGCCACCGAAUGUUGUGGCCAUGAGGCGGCAAACUGUUGGCCCGAGGGGCGUAGUACCUCGUGCGUGGAGGAUGGGUGUUGGCCUCACGGGACCACUAACUCUAAGGCAGAGAUGCCUGAAACUUAAUUUUUUUUUUUUGCCCAUCUAGAUCCCUAUCAGCCAGUAAAACAUACUAACUAAAAGGUAUAUAUUGCGGGGGAGCCACCGUGGCUAAAACGUACCUUGAUUUGUAUAAGAACUUGUGUAGGUUCUGCAUAUUAUGGUACUUACACAAAACACUUUCUAAAUGUUUGGGGGGGUUUUUGUGGCUCAUAUGGAGCUUGUAAAAGCUCAGUAAGUAAAAACGAAACAUAGCAAAUUUUAAUCAUCCACAAAAUUAUGAGCAAACCUUUACAAUAAAUUAAUAAAUUACUUGCCAUUCAAAGAAAGUCAUAUAUGUUAUUAUCUGCCCAUGUGGUCUCUUAUAUGUUGGUAGUACUAUACAUGCACUACAUGUACGUAUUUAAGAAAAUGUAUAGAGAGAGAGCGAGAGAGAGAAACCUGUAACUGAAAUCUGUAGAUCCCACUAAAGGAGGCUGAGAGGAGAAGGAGAGGCCUAUUACACAAUAAUGACAAGGACAUGUAUAUGUAUUAUUACAGCCUGUUACUUAGGAACUCUUAACUGUCUUACCCCUGUAUAACCCACACACCUAGCUACUGACAUUGGAUUCAAGGUACAAAGAGAAAAUGCUGCUUUAAAAAUUGAUGACCCUGUGAUCUGUAAUAGAAUGUUGAUUCCAUGAGACUCUUUUUGAUUAUUUCUUCAUUAUUACCAAAUCGGAAAUGCCAUAUUGAAGGGUAUGGGAACAUUUCUAUUCAAUUACUUGAAUUACUUAUCCCAGUUAACAAUCAUUUAAAGCUUCACAAAUGCUUUCAUUGCUGGACAGCAUGUCACAAUGUCAAAGUCAAUAUCUUGAUAGUUAAAAGCCUCAUAGUUAGAACAUGUCCCAUUGUACAGCCUUUUUUUUAAUGAUGUAAACAAAGUAGACCAUUCACUUAUACUAAAACUUGGGUUUUGAAGAAUAUUCUUACAAAUCAAAUCAUUUUGUUUCCUGUGUGAAUUUCUGCACAGAUGGCAUCCUCAUUAUUAUCAGUUACUUCUUGGCUUUAAUUUAUAAACCUAUCCCUCUACCUUUUCUUAGUUACACUAUCCAUCUAACAACAUAUAACCCUUUGCAUUAGUUACCCAAUCACCAGUAUCAUCCCCAAAAAAUUUAAAUAAAGAUCCCAAUGUUCAUCUGCUUACAACCAGCUCUUCCAGUGAUUCAUAAAGUUUCCCACAACAUUAGCCAAUAUUUUAAGAAUGCCUUCUAGCACGAUACCCACUUAUGCUCAUUGCAUAUAUCUCUGUUUCUGUCUCACACUGUUGUUAACUCAGCAUCAGUUAGCUUCUCUGUAUCAUAAGGAAAGCUUAACUUCCCUUAGAUUGGGGUAGGCAACAUUUGGAACUCCAAAUGUUGUGAACUACAUCUGCCAUACUGUUCAUCAAGCCAUGAUGUUGGAAAUGCAUCAUGGGCAAUGUAGUCCACAACAUCUGGAAUACAAACGGUAGCCUGCCCUAGAGCAAAAAGAGGUCUCAUGCAGCAGUCAAACAUUUUUUCUUCUCCUAAGCAAUUAGUGAGUGCCCUCAAAUAGCUUUCUAAGAGAGCUUGCACAGCAGAUAAUGUUGCAAGUUGCUUUACUCUGUGAGGAUAUUUAUGAGGAUUAAUUAUUAUUAAUUAAUAUUAAUUUAAAAUAUUUUCAUAAAAAUAUUGAAAUGAAUAAUCUUUAUUAAAAUAUCAGAGGUUGAUAUUUUAUUGGCGCUAUUCCCAAUUAUUAAUUUAAAAGCAGAGUUAUUCAUUGUUUUACCUGUUAGACCUAGAGCAUGUUGUUCGAAUUUAAUAUUUCAUACAUAAAUAUCACAAUCUUUUAUCAAAAUUAUAAUAUUUAUUUUUGUCAAUAGAUGUAAACAUACAUGAAAAUUAGUAAUCCGUUUUUAAUAACAGUGAAUACAUUAUGGCAUAGUAUAGUAUCACAAGACCAUUUCAAACUCUGAGUGAUGGGAUUUGUCUGAGUGAGGGUUAGUCUAUGACAAUUUCAAUCAACAGGGUUAGCAUAUGGAAUAUUUUACUUCAUAUACAAUUGAUUGAGACAAUCACUAUUUGUUAAAUCAUAAAGAAGCAUAUGAGUUAUGAGCAUAUGGAUUAUUAUAAUUUAAUAACACAUUUUUCAGAAUCUUAAGGAAUACAAUCUUAGUUUUACUCUUGGUUAGAUUUUCAAUCACGUGUUGAUUGUUUGCCUAUCCUACACACCAUUCAUUAGACUUAGCUGGACAUAGUUCGUUAUUCACUCAGGUGAUGUAUACACAAAGUUCUAUGGACAAUGUUUUAUCAGCCAGCUACAGAAUUUUAACAAGCUCAGUGCUGACAAGUGCCAGGAUUACAGAAUGAUCCAGCACAUAGAAUUGUGUAACACAGAGGACUGAUAGGAAACAUUUACCGGACUUUAGAAUGGCUGGACUAACGUACCAAAGAAUAGUCAGGAAUAGCCGAGGUCAAGGGAAACAUAAAGAUACAACGAUAAGGCAAAGCCAAAUAACCAGAAUUACCAGAAUCAAAUAACGCACUCUCGGACAACCACAAGGGAAACCACGACAGGGCACUGAGCAGGAUGAGAACUGGGCCUAAAUACCCCUCCUCUAGAUCUGAUAGGCUGUAGUUGGCCUUUGACCCCAAAGGAAGUUACCAGGUUCCCAUUUGCAUAAUUGCUGCUCAGCAUUAACCCUUCUGUGGAUUUGGUUGCUGCUCGGCACAACUUUUCCUGUGUGGACAGUAAAUGUCAUUAACCACAUUUUUAUAAGCGGAUGAAUACGUGACAUUACCCCCCACCUGAAGAAUGCCCACCGGGCGGGCAGGACUAGGCUUGAGAGGAAAUUUGGCAUGAAAAUAGCGAAUCUUGCGGCUAGCAGGUUUAUCAGAUGCCGGAACCCACGAACGAUCGGCUGGUCCAUAAGCUUUCCAAUCCACCAAGUACUGUAAAGUCCCCCGAGAAAAAAUCAAUUAUGGAGGAGACCUCAUACUCUUCCUGUCCAGAAACAACUAAGGGAGGAGGAGGGACACUUGAGACAGUAUAUUUAUUGCAAACAAGAGGUUUGAGCAAGGACACAUGAAAGGUAUUAGGAAUUUUCAAGGAGGCCGGAAGGGCCAGAGAGUACGCAACAGGAUUGAUCCUACGAAGGACACGAAAAGGUCCAAGGAACCUAUGAACAAAUUUCAUGCUAGGGACUUUGAGCCUGAUGUUAUGGGAAGAUAACCAAACCCUCUCACCCACUUUCUAAACAGGGUUGGCACCUCAAUGUGUAUCAGCAUAAUGCUUGAAAGGGUCAGCAGCAGUACCCAGAGCAGAUUGAACUUUAACCCAGGUAUCACGGAUGGAAGCCAGACGGUCAUCCAAAGCAGGAAUAGCCGUAUCAGAAAAAACAGCCAGUAGGACAGUAGGAUGCCUGCCGUUAUUAACAAAAAAUGGACUAUGCCCAGAGGAGUCAUGAUCAGCAUUGUUCCUAGCAAACUCGGCCCAUGGUAAUAAUUCGGACCAAUUGCCUUGAGUGCUAUUAACGAAACAAACCAAGUAUAACUCCAAAGACUGGUUAGCCCUCUCAGCUGUACCAUUAGUCUGGGGAUGGUAAGAGGAUGAAAAAAACAAUUCAAUCCCCAAUUGCUUAUUGAAAGCCCUCCAAAACCCGGAUACAAACUGAGAACCUCUAUCAGAUACAAUAUUGUGAGGAAUGCCAUGCAGACAGACAAUCUCACGUAUAAAGAUCAGUACCAGGUCUUGAGAUGACGGUAAUUUCUUGAGAGGGAUGAAGUGAGCCAUUUUAGGAAAAUGGUCAACAACCAUGAGAAUAGUGGUAUAACCAUUUGAACUAGGAAGUUCUACAAAUUAAUCCAUAGACAAGGGGGACUAUGGGACCUCAGUAACGGGAAGAGGUUGUAACAAGCCACAAGGGAGUUUAUGAGGUACUUUGGAGACCGCACAAACAGAACAAGCCUGCACAUACUCCUUAACAUCCCUUCUGAGGGAAUCCCACCAGAAUGAAAACUUUCUAGAGACGUAACCACAAGGUUGCAAUGGAGUAUCCUGGCUCUCUCUCUGGGAGAGAACUGCCCCUACCCCUGUCUCUGAUGCAUCAACUUCCAGAAUGAAAGGUUUACUGGUGUCAGGAUGUAUCUAUAUGUCAGCAGAGGCAAACCGCUGUUUGAGAUUUUCAAAGGCUUCUAUAGCCUCCUUAGACCCUAUCGUACUGCUAACCGCCAUGCAUGUUCAAAUUCAAAUUGCACACUGACCGCAGUCCACUCUUUUAAAUACUUGGGUAUGAUAUUAGACCCCAAUCUAUCUUUUGGCCUGCACAUAGAAAAGCUUGCAUCUAAACUUUAUCCAAAAUUAGGUGCCCUGUACAGAAACAAAUCCUGCCUAAGCCCUACAGUAAAGGAAAAGAUUGUACAGCAAAUGCUGAUGCUAAUCAUUGAUUAUGGGGAUGUAGUAUAUGCGUCUGCAUCACAAUCCCACAUUAAUAAACUCAACACAUUGUACAACUCGUUCUGCCGAUUUGUGCUACAAUGUAAUUACAGGACCCAUCAUUGUGACAUGCUAAAGGAAGUAAACUGGCUGUCGCUGGAAUCCAGACGCACCCUUCAUCUUUCCUGCCUUGUUUUUAAGAGCUUUUCUGGGAAACUCCCACCCUACCUGAACAAAAUGCUUUCCCCAGCUGUUCCCACUUUCUAUAAGCUACGAUCCAGUACCAACACUUUACUUAGUCUACCUCAAUACAAAAAGAAAGCGGCCCGAUCCUCCUUCUCCUACAGAGCACCGCAAUUGUGGAACAAUCUCCUGCACAAUUUAAAAUCUUCCCUAAGCCUAAAGUCAUUUAAGAGAUCCCUCUCUACAUACCUCAAAACAGAAUGCACGUGUAAUGGUUGAUUAUAUAUUUCCUGCCUGUUCUAUGUUAAAUUUUGUAUUUAUUGUGUAUUAAUAUUGUUUUUGUAUUUUGUUGUACCUAAUGUAACAAUGCAAUGAUUUGUGGACCCAGGACAUACUUGAAAACGAGAGAAAUCUCAAUGUAUCUUUCCUGGUAAAAUAUUUUAUAAAUAAAUAAAUAAAUGUCAUAUUGGUGAUGGGGGCUAUUACUGAACAAAAUCUCUUUAUAAACCUUCUGUAAUAUUCGUCAAAACCAAUGAACCUUUGAAUGGCUUUCAACACAGUGGGUAAAGGCCAUUGUAGAGCCAAUUCCAGCUUCUUAGGAUCCAUCUGAAACCCUGAGGCAGAGAUAUUAUAUCCCAAAAAUUGUACUUCAGAUUGGUCAAAGAUGCAUUUUUCUAAUUUACAAUAAAGUUGAUUCUUUAACAAGGUCUGCAGAACUUGUCUAACGUGAUCGUGGUGAGUCUGAAUGUCAGGAGAAUAAAUAAGGAUAUCAUCCAGAUAGACCAAGACAAACGAGUAAAUGUAAUCCCUGAGUACAUUCAUCUUGGAAAACCGCUGGAGCAUUGCACAACCCUACUCUUUAGUCAGCGUUUUUCUUUUCUCAAUUUGGACUUUGGUUCCUCACACCAAUUUGUCUAUGCUUACUUAAGUGUUAUUGCAUUUACAUAUUUUAAGUUGUCAUACCUAUGUUGUUAAACCUAUGUAUAGGUAAUUACACACAUAAAUAUAUGUGUGUUUCUAUAUUUGUAUAUGUUGCUAACUAAGAAUACAUGACAUAUUACUAUUUUGUAUUUAACUAAACUUAAUUAAAUACCUUAUAGCAAUAUGUAUGUGUAUUUGCUGAAGAAAUACUUUUUAAUUCACAAAUACUUGUUUUAUCUUUGCUGACACAUAUGUAUUUACUCACUAUCUGGCUUUAAGCUGACAAUGCAAAACUUUGAGAAAAAAAAUGUGUUUUUCUUAAUUUUAGGCACCUCAUGGUAUAUUAGCUAAAUUGCAUUUUUGCCAUUAUGCAUUUAUUCGUUUUAUCCCACAAUAUAUAUGUAUUUCCUUUCUUACACAAUAUCUCUGACAAUUGAUGAAAAACAUAAAUUAAUCUACUUAACUACAGGUUAACAGAAGUUCCUAUCAAAUUAUAUAAACUUGUGCAAAUAUUUUUAUCCAUUUGAUAUGUGAUUUGCAGUUGGAACAAAAUCUUAGUAAUACAAAUGUCUGCUUUUAAUCUUACAGGAAUACAUGAAGAUACAAGUCCAACCACUGUAUGAUUACUUUCAAACUAUAACUUUAGACUUUACAACUCGACCAGUCUCACUAACAGACCAGUAAGUUGGAGUAUCAUGACAUCAUGACUAUAUGUGUUGCUGACAACUGUGCUUAUAAGCUUGAGAGCAACCAGUGGGAGGGUGUAAAUCAUAGACAUGUAUGUGCAGGUGUAGUAUGUAGACGUAAUAUAUGUGUAUGUAAUAUAUGUGUAGUAUGUCAAGUGCUUUACCACGUACAUUUAGAGUUCUCCAAAUAUAAAUAUCAGAAACCGGUUGACCUGCUUUUUUGAGGGAUGUUUACAAUUUGAUUUAGCCCUGAUUGCUAAAUUAAUAACAAAAUCUAAGCACAUUAAGGUUGAUCUAAAAUGUCAAGAAGCUCCCUUAAGCUAUUUGGCAUAGGUGCCAAGAGUCCUUAAUUUGCAAAAAACAGUCACACAUUUUUGGGUGCUGUCACAACAAAAAUAUGUCCAGGGGCCUGUCCUGCAUUUUGAAAUCUGCCUCACCUUUGACAGGCCUGCCCCCUUUUCAAAUGGAGCCAUCUCUUUGAUAAUUGAAUCCUCCACCUCGACGCAUGGGCCACCACCUUUGACUGGUGGACCUGCCCCUUGCACAGUUCUGUGUGCAGUCUGCUCUCCUCCCUGUCCCAAGAGGUGUGCAGGGAACUUUUUGGGGGUAUUACAUGUCUGUUUUCAAAUGCUUACGAGGUUGGUAGGAAACCAGAUAUUUUACAGAAUUAAAUUUUUUGUUUGUUUUCUUGUUUCUGUUAUAUUAAUCAUUAACGUACAUGUGUCCAUUUUCAGAUACAAUGAAGUAAAUGCUAUAAACACUGCGUGUAGAUAUGGCAUUCCAAAUUGCACUGAAUUCGCAUCUGAACUAUUUAAUGAAUGGAUGAAAAAUAACAGAAGGUAAGUUUGCUGGGCACACAGCAAAUGUGCAGAGUAGUAGCUGUCUCUGUGAGUAUGAUGCACAUUAAUCUGCUUUGGACCAAACAACUAUACUACACUAUGUGCAGAAAUUCAUUUGGCUCCAGAAACAUUGUUAUUAUAGCAGCACAACUGAGACCUCAUUGCAGAAAUUACUAGAAAAGAAUAGUAAUCCAUUUAAAUCAGUAACAGCCAAUACUGGCAAUCAUGUUGGAAAUCUUCUUGAAGAUGUAAGGCCCAGCGAGGGUACAUUAAUUCAUAAUACAGUGCGGGGGUCCCCCAAUAGGAUGGGCACUGUAUGUCUUAAAUGUAAAUGACCUCAUGAGAAAGGUGGGAACAGAGAGGCACAGGCAAUUUGAGGAUCAAUGGGACUCCCUGUUAAUAAUGAUGUGGUGCAGUGGUUAGACCUAUGGGGAUAGAGAAAAAAGGUCUCCAAUUAGCAAUUAAUCUUAAAAAUGAGACCUGAAGAGUAGGAGAGAAGGGCAAUGCAGUCACCCCGUGUAUGAGGGGAAAAAGGUGUGUUCUGUUUGGAGAAACUGUUGUGGUAGCUUCAGAGUGGCAUAUGAAGUCAGGGCAGGCAGGCAGAAGUGCGGGAAAGACAUUUGUGAACUCAAGUGUGAUCAAGAUGCAGAUGACCAUGUUUGUAUGUGUUAUUUCAUUGUAUACUCACUGUAUUUUUUGUGUGUGUGUGUGUGUGUAUUUUAGCAUUCAUCCAAAUCUGCGAUCAACUAUUUACUGCACUGGAAUAGCUCAGGGAGGAGAAACUGAAUGGGAAUUUGUAUGGGAAAAAUUCUCUACAUACAGUAAUGCCCAAGAAGCCGACAAAUUGAGGGCUGCUCUGGCCUGCAGUAAGGAGCCCUGGUUGCUCAACAGGUGAGAAUGCAGUGAAUUUUUGUUUUCUAAUAAAUAAAGGGACUCUCCAGUGCGAGGAAAACAGAUCUGAUUUCGGAUAAAACCCCUUAAUUAACUUACCAGAAUCGAGCGCCCUGGGUGCUAGAUCAGGCUCUGCCCACUUUCCUCCACUGCCGACGGCAGCCAGCAGGGGAGACCUAAUGUGCAUGUGCAGCAAUGGCCACGCACGCGCAUUUGACCUCCCCAUAGGAUUCCAGCGAUGCUGGAAGUCCUUGUGUAUAGCGUGAGGACGUCCAGCGUAGUUUAAAACAUUUUCCGGGUUUUUAGAACCCGGAAGUCCCUCUAGUGGCUUUCUGAUAGACAGUCACUAGAGGGGGACUUAACCCUACAAGGUAAUUAUUGCAGUUUAUAAAAACUGCAAUAAUUACACUUGCAGGGUUAAGGGUGAUGGGAGUUGGCACCCAGACCACUCCAAUGGGCAGAAGUGGUCUGGGUGCCUGGAGUGUCCCUUUAAUGUUAGAGAAGGUGUAUUUAAAAAAAUCCUUUUUUAUAUGCAUUUUCUAUUAUUCCCUGAUUCAAGAACUACUCCAGUAUAAAAGACAGAUCGUGGCCUUGAAGAGGCUGUGUUAAUUGUAUCAGAAGUUUUGAAAUGCACGCAUUUAUUUUAAUGAUCCCUCUAAUUUUCUUCAGGCUCCUGGAAUAUUCACUGGACACAAGUAAGAUUCGCAGACAAGAUGCUGUCUCCACCAUAAACAGCGUUUGCAGUAACGUUCUAGGACAAAGUCUUGCUUGGGACUUUGUGAGAGCCAAUUGGAAGAAAAUGUUUGAUCAGUAAGUAUUUUCCAUGAAAAUUCAUAAUAUCUUGUUAAAGGAACGCUGCACACACAUAAUGCACUUCAGCAUUUGUGACCGUUUAUAAAAGGGCUGCUUUCAAUUGAAAUUAUAAUUGGGGACAAAAAAAAACCUCCACGACUGUCAAUCAAAUACCCAUGGAUGUUUUAUUCUGCUUCCGUUAACUCUACAGAGCUAAUUGAAGUCACAGGUGCACUGUGCUAGCACAUUUCUGCCUUCCCCUUCUCAAUGAGCUGUGUGACAACUCAUUGGAAGCAUAGGAAAGCCACGAGUGUCUUUGCAAGAGAAAAAGGGAGGGCUUGCAAGGACUGUAGACAAGAGAUUUGCUGCUUUUGCAAGCUGUAUUGAGAUGCAUACACAAAGGGAAAAAUGCAGGAAUACAUGCAUGUUUUAUUGGUGGCAUGUCAACUUAUAGUAAUUAUUAUUAUAGUAAUUAUCUAUUAUUAACUUCUUCUAGUGUGUCGUUCCUCUUUGGGACGGUCACUCUGCUUUACUACCCUGUGAUCAAGUGGUUGUUAAACCCUUGGUCUGGACCCACAGUUCCAUUUUACCAGAUCCACUACUUGGAAAAAACACAUACUAAUUACUUAGGCCACAGUUUACAGUUUUUAGCUUAGAAUUGGUUGUAGUAGUUGAUCUGUUUCCAACUGCAAUGAAGAUGCUUUUCUACAAUGAGAAGCAUGUUAAGUAAUAAAGCUAUGUUUAACAUAAUUAAAAGUAAAUAUUAUAUUAUGAUUUUAAAUAAGGAUUGCCAAUGUAAUUUAAUGAUUGAAGGAUGGGUUGUUGAGCAAAUACCAACUAUUAACAGCAAAAACAUAUGUGAGGAAGGCUGAACUUGAUGGAUGCAAGUCUCUUUUCAGCUAUGUAGCUACAUACUUUUGUAAUAUGAAGAAUAAAUGUAAACAAAUGCAGCAAGUUAAGUUUACAAAAAAUUAUAAAUCGAUGGAAUACCCCGGGACAGUAGCCAAAAUUGGGGUUAAUUUCACAGAUCAACUACAGGAAGGUUUUAGUCAUUGCUAGUCUUUGCAUGCUCAAUGGAUGGUGGAUGCAAGGUUCCAAUUUCCAUCCCACAGUCACACCUGUGUAAUUUUAUGAUUGGCAUCUAUAUAGCAUACGUGAAUUUGAUGGCCAAGUAUGGGGUAUGGAACCAAUAUUUUCAACUUCAUCUCAGGUUGUAUAUUUUUACUUUGUUUGUUUAGGUUUGGAGGAUCAUCUUUCUCUUUUGGUAACUUGAUUGAAGGGGUGACUCGACGAUUUGCCAGUGACUUUGAACUACAGCAGGUACAAAAUAUGAAUGCUUACUAAAGUGAAAAUAAAAUUUGCUCAUUAAAAAAUAUCAUAUAUUGAAUAGUUUAAAGUAAUGGGGCAGUCUAACAGCCAUGUCUACUGCAUGUCAUGAUUCUGGGUCAAACUGAUUUUGAGCAGUCCAGCCCCCUGCUUACAUAUUACUAAUGACAAAAUUCCACUUCUGCAUUAAUAUCAAUGUAUAAUCUCAAUUCUAAAUCUCAAAGAUGGUGAUAGGCUGAGCACAUCAAGUGAAAAAUGCCAUCCAUAUAUUGUUUAAAAUGCAAUUACUAAUCUGGACGUUCCACUUUCAUGUUAGUAAUAUCAAUAAAAGUUUUGAAUCGGUAAACAGCGACUGCAGUCCCAUAGCACCAUAACCACUAUAUGUUGGGUUACAGUGCUUUUGGGGCUAUCAUUGAAUACAUGUAUAUUAUAUGACACAAUUUUAUUUUUUUUAAUAGUAGAUGUUGACAAGUGCAGUUUAGCUAAAAGUGUGAAAAUCUACAUAGGUUAUAGGAUUAAUAAACCUUGUAUAGAUAAUCACACCAAUGCUAUUUUGUGAUAUCUUUUUUCAGCUGGAGCAGUUCAAACUUGAUAAUCAGGAUGCUGGGUUUGGGACAUCGGCUCAAGCAUUGGAACAAGCCAUAGAGAAGACUAAAGCAAAUAUCAAAUGGGUGAAUGAAAAUAAAGAACCAGUACUGAACUGGUUCAAGGACGCAAUAAAAUCAUAGACCAUCCGAAACCCACUACCUAGCAUGUGUGUAGAGCAAGUUUAGCCACUUCCUUUGCCUAUUACCAGAUCUCUGAUGGGCUUAUUCACCAAAGUCUGAUUUGUUCAGAAUUCAAAGUGAAUUCAAAGUAAAAUUUCAAAUUCUAGGCUAAAAUCUGAAAAUAAUUAAAAUUCACUUUGAAUUCCUUUGAACUGAUGAUUCACUGAUGAGUACCUUAUAAAGGAACAUGAAUUUAAACUCCCAAUCCUCUCUUCAGCAAUAAACAAUACUAUCAAAAGGAUUUGUGAGUUUCCAUGAAAAACAGAUUAAACUGUAAAAUAAAUCCUUCCUUUUCCAAACGUAAAGCAGGGCUGCUCAGUAGGUAGAUCCCCAGAUGUUGUAGAACUAAAACUCCCAUGACGCUUUGUCAUUUGAAAUGCAUUCAAAAGGCAUGCAAAGCAUCAUGGUAAUUGUGGUUCUACUAUAUCUGGGGAUCUACCUAUUGAGCAGAUCUGCCGUAGAGGAACUCUUCAAGCAUCACGACCACUGCAGUGUGCUGCAGUGGUUCUGGUGUCAGCAGUGCUCUGGUACAGUUUUAGGUUAAUUUAUCAAACUGUUUUAGACUCCUGCUUCCAGGAUUCUCCUGCUGGAGCUAAGCAGGACCAAAAUGGUUUGAUAAAUUACACUGAGACAGCACCAAGGCUCUCCUGGUGACAUAACCAUACAGCUGGCUGCAGUGGUUAUGGUGCUUGGAGUGCCCCUUCAAAUCAAUAUACAUUCCUAUCUCUUCUAGCAAUUACGGUCCCAGUAUAUCAUCCUUACAUCCACUCUGUUUAAAAAGAAUAAAUCCGUAAAAGGAGCACAUAUUUUGCAUGUACAACUUCCACACACAUUACUAAUUAAUGAAUAUACUGUCCACAAUCUAAAAUAGCCAUUGCACAUUUUGUUUUCUUUUCCAAACUGUAAAUUAAAGCACACAGAUGAAUCCCUUCAUGUCUUUGUUUUUGUUUCCUUGUGUUUUUUUUUACAGAUUUAUUCAG